GCCUCCUGCCCUGCCAAGCACACGCUCAGCUCUUAUACUUAUGGCACACAUGUGAGCUGUGAUCGGAUCAGCUGCUGCCUGAGUGGCCGCCCCUCACUCUCCCCUGAGGUGAACAGUUUCCGGUCCACCCACGCGGGCAGAGGCAGAGGUAAGGCCGGUGGGAAAGUGUGUCGAGCUCCAUCCAUCAGAAGAGAGCUCGGUCCUCCGUCCUGAGUCUCCUCUCCUGAACAGAGCAACCUAUUUUCCCUCCGUGGAACUGAUUAGAAAGUCUAAUAGCUCUGAGUGCUGCUGCGAAGCGUUAAACGUGCACUGACAGGAUUAUUGUCACUUGAUUUCUUCAAAGUACCAAAAUAGAGAUGGAAUAAUAGCGUGGCGCACGGGUUGUGUGUCAAUAUUGUCUCUAUUAUUCCACUCAGAUUUAAAACAUAUGAAUCCCUUCGGAGGAUGUGACACAAAUGUUCUCAAACGCCACUCGAGGCAAGUGUCUCCUGUACAGAGGCUGAUAGAAAUACUUCUGCAUGGUGUCAGAUGUUACAUAAAGUGCCAUAUCUCUCCUCCUACAGUAAUGGUAGGUUAACGCAGAGCAGAGCAUCAUGACUGAUAUUUUGGGCAUGCAUCUUGGGCAGCUUUGGAAACUCCAAAUCAGCUGCGAGUCCAUGGCGUGCGUCAUUGCGCAGCGGCACGGCCAGCCCACAGUGGUUAAUGGAAAUCCGCUGACAGAGCACAACCAGUUGUUAGUGCGGGCAUAUGUGCGCGCGGAUCAGCAGGUGCUGGUUUAACUGGGUGGAAGUCACGCAUGCAACAACGUACUGAUCUGACGGACAACGCUUGACGUUACGGACUCUUAUUUCCAAAAUUGCGCGGACAUGUGUGAGAUGUACGCGACGAUCUGCAGUCACAGGUAAAGUUAUGUUUUUGACUUCAUUAUUCUGACGGAUUUUUUUUUCUUUUAUGUGAAAGGAUGAUCGUGUUUGCUGCACUUCAUAUUUUGGAAAUGUUUGUUCCCUUUCCGUGGCGCGUUUUUUUCCUCUGAAGUGCGCCUUUGAAGAGCGCGUGCCUUCUGAUAGAGGGGGAAUAUAAACUCUGAGGAGGAUUUUGACUUAAAAGUGUAUCAACAACCUUUCUUCAAGACAAAAAAAUACUGAAAAAUGUAUCACCUGCUCAUGCGUAGUCAACGAUUGCAACGAUCGGUGUUACUUAACAGCCAAAUAUGUAUGUGUGCAUACGCGUGCGUCUCAGUGCAUGCACGCGUAUGUGCGUCUCUCUCCCAAAUUCUGCUGCUUUCAAUUAAAUCUGCCCUGUGCAGCCUUCUGGUGCACCAGAGCGUAAAAUAUGCCUUUUCUGCAUGUGAAUAAGGUUAGAGGGUAACAAGUUUUUGCUCCACUUAACCAUUGAUUGGUUUUCUUAGUGCGGAGUCAUUUUUUAAGACGGUGUGCUGACUAUAAAAGGGACAACAAUCAAGUAAUCCAGCUGUGGUCCGGCUGGUGAGAGAAACCUUUAAUUGGACACAGGGGGAUUUUAAGCAUCACAGUUAUCAGAGUGACAGAGGGGUGAAGGUCAGGAAUGGAUUUUAUGGAGACCCUCAGGGUGGUGUGAUGGGAAGUGGGUGUUACAGGGAGAAAUAAAUGGAGAAUUUAUCAGCGUUUACUGAUACAGCAAAGAGACAGUUACAAGCAAAGUAACCUUCUGUGAUAAACAUUUUAUUACAAAAACGCUGCUAUCAAAAUCCCCUAUUUUCCUCUAAAUGAAUAUGCAAAUCCACUAUUACUAGUGUAUUAGUUUAACACUAAACACCAACUAUUUUAUCUUUUUCUGCAUGAUAUGAUUACUGUUUUGAUUUUGUUUGGCUUAUGUUAAACCCUUUGUCGACAUUAUAUAAUGCACAUAAAGAUGAAUGACACAGAUUUUUAAAUGUGAUUUAUGUUCACAGUCUGUUAAAACUAGGACAUUAUUACAAAACAAUGAAAAAAGAUCUUUAUGCCUAACAAAAUGCAAUGUUUUUUUACAGUUUUAGAGAAGCAAUGAGUAACAUUUGUAGGAGGCAGUGACAUCUACAGAUUAUUUUGCCUUCAUUAAAAGCCUCAUGAAUUAUAUGAUAUGGAGUUAAAUAAUCCUCCUUUAAAACAGAGGUGAUGGUGGAAUGGAAAGGUGUGCAGGCUGUAGCAUCAUCACAUGCAGCCCAAUGUCUAAGCAUUAGUAAAAGUCCCUAAUGCUGAUCGCAACAGGUUAAGUAUUUUUAAAAGGUGGGUUCACUGUCAUCAGUUACUCAGACUAGCAACUAUGGCAAGGCUAACAUCACCUUUAGCUAAUACGAGCUUUGUUAUGAGCUGACUGAGUGAAUCAGCAAGGCUACAAAAUAUCCAUUAAGUUUAGUGAGAAAGACAAUUUCUUGAUGUCUUUCAGUCAUGUAAAAUGUAAGCUAUGACGUUUGCAUCGGUGUGACCAAUAUACCACAUAGGGUAUUUUUUUCGGAUCAUGGGGUUUUACCAUAGAGAUGAUGCUCAAGAAGCAAGUAGCUGCUGGUUACACUGGCAGGUGAACCAGACUGGCUGUGUCACUUCUUAACAGCUUUUCUCUCUCAUCAGGUCAUAAUCCUGCAGACAAGAAAAUGAUCGUGUGCUAUUCAGUAAAAAAAUCACGUACAGUGUUUGUUAGAGUGAAAAGACUUUUAAAUUUAAGAGAAGUGAUUAGCAGAAGGGGGAAGGCCUGAGUCCGAAUUGGUCACAGACCGUGGCUCUGUCUAAGCUUUAACACCAUACAAGUUACUGGGAGGAUUGCAAAAACAUAAAGUAUGAGCCUCACAGCUGCAUGGUAACAGCAUUUUGCUGAAUGCAAUGGGAGUUGCAAGAAGACAAUUCAGUCAUUCUCCAUCGAUUUGUAAAGGUGGAUCAUUGAUGGGACUGAUGCAGCAGUAUCGCUGCCCCCUAUGAUUGAGCAGCACCUGCUGUUUGAGACACACUUAGACUGUCAGACCUCAAUUGGUGUACCACUGAGGGGGUUGGCACGCUAGUCUCACAACCAGUGUAUUCUGUGGUCUCUGAGUUCCACACCAUUGGCACAUGUAGGGACAUGCAACCAUGGCAUAUCACUUACUGCCAACAGACAUGUGUUGCCAAGUAAAACCUCUAGAAGUCUUGCAGCAACAAGCAAGACUAGCAUAAACAUGCCAUCAGGGUGUUUUGAUUUUGCAAAAGUGUCUUGUAAAAUUUGAUUUAUUUCUUCCAAUGGACUUAACUUCUACCCCUACUCAAGCUACUUUUUAGAUGUUUGCUGUAGUCCAGUGAUGAAUUAGGUGAAUUAGUGCUGCGUUCGAGUUACCUCGGAAGUCAGAUGUCGGAGCUGAAAAUGACGUCAGACCCAAUUUACCAGCGUUUCAGUUACCAAGCUGGAAAAAAGCAAAAUCGGAGGCAGAAACAAGAUGGCUACAUCUACGAAAGUUGUCUUAGCGCCACUGAUUUUGCUUUUUUCCAACUUUGUAACUGAAAUGCUGGUAACUCAGGUUUGAUGUCAUUUUCAGCUCAGACAUCUGACUUCCUCCACGGUAUCCUUACCCUGUCUCCACGUUAUCGGUAUGUCCACUGUGGCCUUACAAAGAGUGACUUCUUUUGGAUCCACAAAUAACUGAUAUAAAUAUAUCAUUGCAGUGGAUCAAAACUUGACUUGCAUACCUACUGAAAGUCGAUCUUGUAUUAAGGGCUGUAUCAGAGGAGUUUCCAGCACUGGUUUUCAUAUCAAAACAACUGUAGUUCUUAUCGACCUCAAUAUCUACUUCUGCAAGUCCUUUCUCCCUCAGCUCGGCUACAGAUAAGUUAUCAAGUCAACAGACACAUGCUCCCAGCAAUGCUGCGAUUCUUCUGCGAUAAAAACUAAUUAAAAUCACGCUAAUGCUCCGUGAAGCCUUAUGAUGAGUCCUGCUCUCGUUCCCUCCAACUACAUUUGUCACAUGAUACUGCCUGUAAUCAGCAGAAUAAGCACAGAUUGGGAGGUAAUUGGUACAGAUUUUUAUUUUUUUUUACCCAACUGCCAGCUGCCUUUCAGAUUGAGUCCUCAAAGUGCAGGCAGACCAGCUGACACACACACAGGCUGUACACAACAACAGAGGCAUUUUUGUAAGGGUUAGAGAUAAUGGAAAGGCUCUCUGUUAUCAGAACUCCAGAGCUGGAGGUGUGGUUUUCCCUCCCCCUCUCUCAGAUUGAGGUAUCACAGUGUUUGUGCUUUGUCAGACAUGUAGCAGUGUGGUCUUUGUUUUUUGGUUGUCUCAGCCAGUAUUGAUUUUCUGUUCGCUUCUUCUACCUGCUUAUUGACUGCUUUCUGUGGUCUGAAAAACUCAAUGGGAGCUUUUCUGUGUGUCACUGAAGUAGUUGGCUGGUGAUUUAUCUCGGUCAGUUCACUCACAUCACUUCAGGCAGGUGGAGACCUUAUGACCCCUUGUGGAUGUACUUCUCUCUUUUUCCUUUAUGUUCUGAUGCUACCUUUAAAAGCAACAUUAAAGGCUCAUAUUUCAUCUAAUGUUUUUCUGGAUUAAAACUUAUCUUCCUAAAAUAACAAAACUUUAAUGCCAUAUUUUAAUGGCUCCUCAAAAAAAACUUCUACUAUUUAUGAAAGGAAGACUCAGAUCUCUUUAAUUAUUUUUCUUUCCUACCAAGAACAAAAAUUGAUUGAUUUAAGGGGUCAAAUAUUUAAGUUUAUGCAAAAAGAAGAGCGAUAAGGAAAGUUUCUGGGCUGUAAUUGUAAAAUAGAACUUUUCUCUUUGGAUUAUGUAAUGCUCUUGCAGCAAUGAAACCGUGCAGAGAUCUGCUGCUUUGUUGAGCUUUUCUACCCUGCAACCAGUGUGAGGUAGAAAAUUGCACAGAGCUGCUGAUAUUCAUGACAAACCCACCCACCUGAGCCCCACAAACACUGGCAGGUUCAAUUAAGAUUGCAAAUAUCUCAGACCAGGCAUAAAAUAGGAGGGUUUCUUUCCCCCAAGAAACUAUACAGGUCAAUUCUGCUAACUUGCCUUUGCAGGGACUUUUUUCUCAGUGCAAUAAUUAUGUAAACCAGGGUUUUCAUUUUUUUCUUGCUUUUUGCUUUAAAACAGAACAAUGUCCAUUAUUUUUAUAUUUGAUAGUCAUAAAAAGCAACCAACACUAAUGAGAAAAUAACAGUCAUGUGCAGGUAUACGCAACCAGGAGUCGCCAUGAGCAGGUGGGAGAGAGAGACAGACAGCAAGCACUGCUGGUUGAUCAACAGGGAUAAAGUGAAGAGAUGGAGCAUCGUUAAAGUGAAAAGAGAGGAGAAACUUCAAAUUGAGAAGAUAUUUUCUGGUGCUUCAACAGUAAUCAUGCUCUGAAAAACUUCAAAACAUAUUUACAGCUCUGCACCAACGUGCAGGAAGGUGCCAGAUUUGAUUUUGUUUGAGCUGAAAUCAAACCUCUUCAUGUCUGCUGUUUGUUUCUUUUCCCCUUCUGCCAACCGCUUACUCUCUUCAUUCACACGUGAGCAAAUGCUGACAUUUGUCCAGACCUUUUAGCUUUUACUUUAGGUCCAUAUGUGGGAUUUAUGUCUGCUAGAGACAGAGAGCAGAAGAGACACACAACAAUGUGUGUCUGUGUUUUUUAUUAGUCCCUCCAGACUGUUGAUAAAGGGGUUCACACCACUGCACAAUGAUGCACACCAGGCCUGUCACAAUAUCAGAUUUUCACCUCACAAUCAUCAUGGCCAUAAAAUAUCAUGAUUAUGACAUUAUUGCAUUUAUGGAAAAUUUAAAAUUUAAUACAGUAUAGUAGCCUUUGCAAGACAAGGUGCAGCAACAGAAUAUAAUUGUUCAUAAACAUUACAAAGUCCAUAAAUCAACAGUAAAUAUCAGUCUUGUGUUUAAAAUGCUCUCUUCUCUGCAUUGUAAAACACUACAUUGUUUUAGGGUAGGCCUACAUCCUGUAGAUGGGGAACUGAGGGAAAACACUUAGAUUUAAAGUAUAAAUGUUUCAAUCAUUAGUGGCCGGAAGAGGCACAAAGUCUAAUGUUGCAUUUUGAUUUACAAAAAUGAUUAAAGUGAAUUAAGUGCCGAAUCACCUUUUAGAUAAGUGGUACAGGCCAAGUCACAGACAGUUAGCUUCUUUUUCUCUGUCUCACCUCCAUUUUAUGAUGUGUGACAACCAAUACCUGUAUACUGGGACAGUCCUGAAAAAGAAAAUAAAACAAAAAUCAACAAUUUGGAUUCUUAAGGAAUUCUGUCAUUUUCUUGCCAAUGUUAAACGUUAUAAACAUUGUUUGAUUUACCUGCAUCGCAUUAAAAUUCAAAAUUCUAGUAACCCCGUCGCAUGAAUGUGGUUUAUAUUAAAGUGCUUAUGAGGAGCUUUUUGUUUGUGUUGAUUCUGGCGCCCCCUGUGGACAAAGCAGUAUGUCUAAUUUCUUCACUGAUUUUGUCACAUACAUUUGAAAAAUCAAAUAAAUCACUUGCAAAAACUCUGAUUAUACUCUAUGCAGUGGAAACUGAAAAGAAACACGGUCAAUCAUUUGGACUGAUACUUUCCCCCUGUAUAUGAAAGAUGACAGUAUGAAUCGUCAGUCCUUGUGUGGAUGGUCUUUUUUACUUCGGAAAGCUAUUAAGAGACUUCUGUAUUAAUUUUAGUCUGUUUUGUAACCAGCCAAAAAUUCCUCAAAGAGCUUUAAGCUUAAUGAGACAUUUUUUGAAAAAAGACAAAUACACUUGCACAGUGUUUAUUUUCUACAAUGUAAUAAUAGCCUAAUGCGAUUCACAUGAGCCAUGGGGGUACUUAAUGAGUCAGCAAAGUCUGGGGCCUCUUUUGGAGUCUCUCUGUGUACGUGCCAGGUUUGCUGUGCAGGUGCAUCAUGGCAGCUGUUAUGUCACUCUCCGGUUCUUGUCUCUUGGGCUCUGGCCUUGACUCUGUGGCACACUGUCAUGUGUCCUCGGUAAUAUCAUCUGAUGGCAUAAGUCCUUCUGGUAUUGGCCAUUCUCAAGCUGUCACACUGUCCAGAUGUGUCUUGAGCUGUUCUCCCCAAGGCUUUUACUUUACAAGGAUUACAUGAGAUUAUAUGUGAAAUAUGACCAAAGCCCUGAGGUGAAUUUACAUACAGUAUGCUUCAAAAGACUAUGAGUUUAUGCUCAUUUUAGUGUUUCUUGAAGGAAUAGUUUGAUCUUUCAGGAAAAAAAAAAAAAACGCUUUGCCUGCAGAGAGUUAAAUAGUAGCAAAUGUAGCACUUGCGAACAAUAUACAGGUUCAGUAUAUUUCUUGGUGCUUUACUAGUAUUUAGGUGUGGAUUCAUUAGCAUUUAUAAAUAUAUAUACAUACUGUAUAACUAUAUAACUAUAUAAAUACACACAUACACACACACAAAGGUCCUCUCUUCAAAACAUGAAGGACUUACAACGUGAUAAAUGAACAAACUGUAGUUCAAGCUCAAAGUUCACUUCACACAGACUAAAAGGAACAUUCAUGGUCAUUAUUUCAGCUACUUUAUGUAAAUGAACUUUGAAAUGAUGUGGACCCUGAACCUUGUAAUAAGUCUGCUACCGGAAAUUUCUGACCUCACCGCCAUCCCUGUGCUCUCCCUCAGUGGCUUCAGCGUCUGUCUGCCCUCUGGGUCAGCCACUGGGUCUAUGAUGUGCGGUUGGUUAAAAUCCUGAUAGAGGGGGACAAAGAGUAUUUCUGAGUUUAUCAGACAGUUAAGUAUGUAUUCAUGCAGAAUACAUAACACUGUAAUUUCCCUCCUGUCUUCAGACACAUGAACAGUCAGCCAGAAACUAUUGUUAGUGAAUGAUUAGAUGUUGAUUCGUCUUUCUUAGUAACAUAUCAUGAAAAAUCACAGUGAAAACUUUUUUUUUUUUAAUCAAAGAAAAUUCUCAAUCUGUUUUUUUUUUUUUUUUUAAUCUUUAUGUAGUUAUUUACUCUAAGUGCCAUUGAGGGACUUGAGUUGGACUUGAAUUCCAGGGCCUCAAGAGUUGACCCAGACCUAAACUUUGGUGACUCGAGACUUCAGAAACUUCAUCACAUUAGGUCACUAUGAGUUUAUGAAAGAUAUACAUGCAUUGAGGUACAUAUAAUAUGGCAUCUAUUUUCCCAGUACUCUCGAUGCAGAAAACCAUGAAUUGGGGGAUUUAGGGCUGAUCCAUCAGCUUGUUUUGUCUUGCACAUCACUCUCUUACUCUAUACUACACAAUCCUCUUAAUACUGUCUGUGGCACAUUCAGCAAAGCGAAGCAGACGCUGAGCUGCAGCUUUCUGAAUAUAAGUUGGAUGUCUGUUAUGAAGUUAUUCAUUUCAGUUAGUGGCCAGCUGAGAACCUUUGGAGAAUGAAAAUGUUGCACUAAAUACCCAGCCCACAAGGUUUUCCAUUCUUAUUCUUUCUUCAGUUCAAUAAUUCACUGUACCUGUCAGCUUAUUGGUAAUCAGUGAAGUUUCCCUGCAAAGAUCAAUGUUGGCCAAGCUGUAGUUGGUUCAUACUUGCCACUAAAGAGUUAAUGAUCUUCUCAUCUGACUCUGCAAUGAAAAAGUAAAAACCUUGUAUAACAUCAAACAACUUCAUAACACAAAAUCCCAACUUGUCUACUCAUCAUUUCUUCUCCUCCUCUUCACUGCUGUCAUCUGCUGUAAUUGCAGGCCUGCAGCUUUCUUCCACUGCAGUAUAUAUAACAAGCAUCAUCGCCAAAUCAUCACAGCGAUAAAGCAGAGUGUCGGACUCUGGGGACCGUCUGGGAGGAUGAGAAGCAGCAGUCAGUCAGUCAGUCAGUCAGUCAGAGGCUGAAUGGGGGCUUCUGAACCUUCAGAUGAAACAGAGGAGGAGUGACCCUCGCCUGGAUGAGGUCCUCAGAGUCACGAUGCCUCUGUGAGAGGUUGAAAGGAAGAGAGAGACUUGAGUUAAAACAAGUGAGACCGAGAGGAGGGAGGCUGUGACGUAAAGUCACUUUUAUCCGAUAAGAAAUGUUGGUUAGAGAACAGCAACAAACUCAGAGAACCUACAUCGACUACAUUUGAUAACAGCUGAAACUAUUCUCACUUUUCUCCUCAUGUUGGUGAUUCUGUAAGAUAAUAUUUUUCUAUAAUCGUCUUAUAGAAUCUCUAAAGAAAAUCUUAAAGCAGAAGGACUGGAAGUUUGAGUGUGAGGAGAAAGACUUUCAUAUGGCGAGGGAAGGAAGAAUAGUAAUUCUCCUGCAUAUUGUAUUUCUACUUGUCUCCUCGUCUUAAAUUAUGGAUGGAUUGGAACAGAGGAACCCCUUUGCGCCAUAUUUCUACUCAACCUUUUCAUGGUAUAACGUUUGACUUGAUCAUUUAUUCCUAUGGGGAAACUUCUGAAAGUUUGGUGGAAAGCUGUUGGAAAGUCAACUGAACUUGGUGGAGCUGAAACUUUCAGGCAGAAACGAGCUGGAUAUUGUUAUGGAUAUAUAUUAAGUCACCGGUGCAGAUAGAACAUUUAUGAUCACUUUCUCAUGGAAAUGCAAUCAGACCGAGACGCUAAGGCAGAAGAGCUACAGCGUCUGCUGUGCAAAAUGAUUAUUUUGAUGAUUAUUACUUAAAGGAAAUGAUAAGGAAAUGAUCAUAAAUGUUCUUCCUUGAGCUGCGUUCUGCCGAUGCAGUCGAUGGACUUGCUCAGAGGUCUCAGUACAAACAAAUGGCUGCUGGAAGAGAGUAGGUGAGUUGUGUUUAGUCUCUUUGCUAAAGAAAAGAGGCAAGGCUAAAAGGAUUGGUGGCUAGUGCUAUGGUUGGGACCCUAUAUGUACUGUUGAUGAAGUAAAGUGCUGUUCUGAGCAUUAUUUGUGGCUAUAAAGUGGCGUUUGGUUGAGCACAUGACUCUCUGUAUUGCUAUCUGCAGUCGUUACUAAAGUUGGUAUAACUAGAGAAGCAAGUGGUCGGCAACAUUAAUCUCUCGGGGGGUGUCUAACUCAGUGUUACAGUUUGUUUGACCCUAAGUUAAUUUUGCACCAGAAUAUCCCUUAGGUAGCACGACCAACCUGGAGGAGAACUAUCAAAGAAAUCUUCCAAAAAAGUCAAUGCUUUGAAUCACAAGCUGAGAGGACUCCAAGUUGACAUGCUUUCAUCUUGGUUCUCCAGCAAGCAUGUUCACUGUACCCCUUCAGUUUACCUUUAAUCAAUGCACUACCCUACUGAAAGCAUGCCUGAGGUACAGUGCAACAGAUGACUGCUUAAAGCAGCUGGACUUGGGAGAUAACCAGAUUAGGUGAGAAUUUCUCAUGAUGACAAGGCAACAACAAUGAAGUACAGACAUUUCUUUACUGUUCUGAUGCAGAUUUACCGCUAAAGUUGAUGCUUGCCGGGUGUGGGCUUUGUCAGAAAUAGACUUGGUGCACAUUUCCAGUAGAUCAAAGCAUUACGCGAGGCUCCUGGGACAAACUGAGGUACAUCCUGUGGAAACACAAACAUUGACGAGAGUGGGCAAAUUUCAGCGUCACGUUGUGCUGCAGAACGUGGUGCGUAUGUUUGCUUUGGAAAAACAGGAGAAACACCAUGACCUGCUGCUGCUUUGAGGGAAUGUCCCUGCAAGAGCAUACAGCCUUUGUAGAUUUGACGUAAUCUGUAGAUCUUCAUGGAUACAAUGUGUGUAAAUCUUUAACUAGAUUUGUAUUGUUCUCUCUGUUGCAGCAGGGGGGGAAAGCAGACAGGUUUAAACAUUCACUUUUACCUCCAUUAUUUAUAUUUCCUGCGGCACUGUUGUUGUUCAUCAAUUUUUUGAAGCACUGACUUGAAUGUUGGUUUCUCCACUGUAGGAAAUGGCUCCAUCUCCUCAUCCAGUUAAGAGUUGAUGUCUGUCAUUUCCAGUGUUGUAUUUGGCAGCUCAGGCAAAGGCGUCAUUGAUCUCAAGUUUUAGCCUUUUUUCGGGUUAAUGUUCAAAUCAGCCAUGUCAUUAAAAAUCUGGGAUCAAGAGGAACACUACCACAUUGUUUUUGAUCAUUAUGUAGAUCUGAACUAACACGAUAGUUGCCUUGGGAUUACCUUCAGGCUUUUUCAUUUUAGAUGAAAAGAUCAUCUGUUUCAUUUUAAUAAAUUUGUGAGAUACCGGUACCUUAAAAUCCCAAUGGAAGCAAACAUACUGACUGUUCAAUUUAAUCCAAUAAUUGUUUGGUUUGGGGCAUUGUAUUGAAGUAGCUCUGUAUUCAUGAUGCUAUCAACUAGAAUACAUUUGUUGACAUUUGGACUCGGCAGGCUUAUUCUGAUCUGCUUCUGCAUUGUGAUGAAUAACCUGUACCAAAACGGUCCAGUAAGAGUGCUGUACUUUCACAACCCCACUACCCAGAUACAGUAUUUACCCGAAUGUGGUUUUCUUUUUCUGUUUCAGUAACUUGGUUCCCAGUGGUGAUUUUUCAGGCAUCCAUUAUUUAUGAAUGAACAGAUAUGUUGGUUGCAUAUAUAAAGGGCUUAGUAAAUAAGAACAGAUGUUGGUGAACAGCGAGUUCUAGUUCUGGUAAAAAGAGAGGACAGAACUGGGGGGGCAGUCUGAAUUUGUGGUCCUAAAACUGCUAGUCGGUACCCAAAGGUUGACAUGCUAUUGAUGUGACUCAUCCAGUUUGCCUUGGAUAAGUACAUUGAAGAGAAACAAAGGAAAGAAAAUACAGAGACAGACCCAGUUUUACCUGACAUAUCUUUUCUAUAUUUGCUGCUGCUCUUUUCCAGUCGCUUGAUUAUCAAGUUGCCAACAAAAGAUGAAAGACAGACUUCACUUUGGAGGGCUCUUACCCAUCAUCCGGCCCUGAAGUAUUCUUCACCUGGUUGGUCACUGAGUCUGAGCAGGUGCCAGGGAAGAUUUGACACACUGGCAUGAGCUCAAAAGUAGAGAAACCUGUGCCUUACCUGAGGCGCUGCUUCGAAAAUCUAAAAAAUGCCACUCUUGAUUUCUUACAAAAACAGACCUGACAUGAAUUAAUGUGACAUAAUUCAUGUGCUAUUUGGUUUUAAUUAUGCAGACUCUGCGGUUGCUGCUUGAUGCACUUAUAUUCGUAAUUACAGUUAGUUCAGUGGCAGAACCCAUUGGCAAUCAUUGUCUAUGAUUAUUUAUAUGCCUCUGGAAACUGAUGCCAACUUUUCACGAGUUAUGGUUGCAGAUGUUUAUGCCUAAGUCAUUCAUUUGUUUAUUUGUGACUGUUCAUCUGUUUCCUCUGAGUCUCAGUUCAGCUUUACGGUCGUUUACACAAAGGCGUCACUCUGGCUUACUCCCAUGGCGUGGAAACAGUUUUCUAAAAUGACUUGCAAAUAACAGGUCUGAAAUUUGCUGAAAAAGUGAUGCCAAUUUACAGAGUAAAAGCUGUUUUGGGUCUGUCUUGCAAAGGAGAGGAAAAUUACUCCCUUGCCCGAUGAAUGGAGGAUGGUUUGAUGCUUUCAAAUGGGGUGGAAAAAUAAAUUUUGAUUGGCUUUUCUUAAUACAAGAUUUGUCGCACUCUAAUAAAGUUAUCCAUUCAUGUAAAUAAAUAUGGGGUCUCUAGAUUACGGUUGAUGAAAGCUGGUAUGUCAUCCUGGACUACAUUUGACCUAUUUUUGAUUUUUUUUUUCUUGUUUAUACUGUAUACUGUUUAUACUUAAUUAGUCAUUACAAAUUGAACACCAACUGUACUUUAAAUAGAAAAAAAUACAUUUAAAAAGCCUGACCCUCUUUCCAGUACAGGUUUCAUGUAUAACCUGUUAAAAGAGGUCACAGUCAGUUGAAUCCAUACACUUCUUGAACCUUAAUGAUGCACACAGCAGUUCAAAGAGUAACAGCAAUGACCGGGUUUAAACUUCACAAACUGAGUCUUAAGUUAUCACAAUGCAAAUGCUUAUGCUGAGGAAAGAAGGAUGGAGUAAACAGAGGGAUUCCAGUCUGGUGGUUGCCUGAUGUGAUCUGCUUUGCUGCAAACACUCAGUCGAGUUGGCUAAACCUCUUUCUAAUGAGCACUUCAUCACUUCACCGUAUGUUCUCAAAUAUUCUGUUUCAUCACCUUAAAUGAGUUAAAUCAUAACCAGGCUGUCUUACUGAUCACCCAUCUGUGCUACAAACUAGACUGUUAUUGAUCAAAAGUUUGGGAUAUAGCACUGGCAUACAACAAGGAUUUUUUUUGGUGGGGGGCUUCUCUCAAUUUAUCUGGAGAACAUGCUCAACAAGCAAAACACAACACAAACUGUCUUAUCUUUCUUGUCAUUGGCUCUUUGGUGUGUCUGCAUUUGUUUUUCUGACUGGAAAAUUCGCAGGAAACAUUUGAUAUUAACAUCAAAACGUAUCGUAAGAGGACUGCAUAGUGGUUCAGCGUUGGGGCUGUUACCUCUCUGUGUGGAGUCUGCAUGAUCUCCGCAUCCAUGUAUGGAUUCUCUCCAGGUACUCUAGCCUUCUCUCACAGUUUAAAAACAUGCUUGUCAGUUUAACGGUCACCUUGAAUUUCUCGUAGAUGUGAGUGAUUGUCUGUCUUUAUAUGUCAGCCCUGUGAUAAACCCGUGACCUUUCCAGGGUCUACCCUAACUCUUGUCAAUGACAGCUGGAAUAGGCUGCACUUAUUAGCAAUUAAUGGAUGGAUGGAUCGUUCGUAUAGAGGAUCCUACCUGCACUUUUGUUCUAUAGGGACUGAUCUUGCAUUUUGUUAGCUAGUUACAGGCACAUUGCAUGGAUUCUGAGUUUUCUUUGCACUGGAUUAAAGUCUAAUUUGGAUCAAUAUGUAGUGGGCAAUGUUGCCACUGGUGCACUGGAGCAUGCAAACAGUCUUUUUUGCAGGAUUUUUUCCACCCCAAAAAGCACUGUUGUUGCUUCAGAUCAGAAUAUUUCAUUUCGCCUUUGGUGUGCAUAAUCACUUUUGAUCCAUAAUCUUACUUCUUUCAACACUGUGCCAUAGCUUUUCACAGGCAGUAUUUUACCCUGCUAUAUUCUUGACUUACUGUAAGGAUAAAAAAAGAAGCAUUCAAGUACUCAAUCGAAUGAUAUCAUUCUAAGUCAAAUAGGGUUCAAAAAGUUCUCCCCAGUCUGAAUGUCACAUUCAGUCCUUUUAUGAAUUACUGUUCUAUAUAUGUAGAUUAUCAUAUAUAAUGACAUCCCUCGGCAGGGGUCCAGACAUUAAGUGCUGGGGAGGUACAUAAUAUACAUAGUGAAAGUAUUUAACAUACAAAUAGCAGCUUGAAUACAUCUCCCCUUUAACUCCCCUAUCUUUGCUGCUCAUGUUUCACUUCUAAUAUCCAGCCUACUUUAAACUCUCUCCAAUGCUUUAGUUCAGAAGUUACUCUUGUUUUUUUCUACAUCCUUCAUUGAGUCUUAAUUCCCUUCAAGUGGUGCACUGUGGGCUCUAAACUGGCGCCGGCUGAUACAGGGUUUUUGAGAUCAAAACAAUUCAACUAAGAAAAAAAUAUACCAAUACAGAAGGGAAAUUGGUGCACCCUUUGGAUAGAAUAAAAAGGAAUCUAUUUUGCAACAUCAGAAAAGUGCAGUUGGACCACCUGUGAGAACUGUUUUCUGCAUAGUUUGUCCCUCAAAAGUACCCAUAAGGACCAAAAUCUUUGGCAGAGCAUCAUAAACCAUGUAAUCACCAUGGAAACAGUAAAAAUGAAAAUUAGAAAACAAAUCCUCCUAAAAUGUUCACUGUGAAGAAGCAAGUGUUAGACAUGAAUGAAUUACAUUGACUGGACAUCCUGCUACACCAAAAAUGAUAUCCUGUGCGAGAUCUACAGUAAAUAUUGACUUAUUAACAUUUUGUUGUGCAGGUAACUGAAACAAGCAAAUACUACAUAAACAAGCAGUGAGAUUCUUUGAUUAACCAGUGUAACAUGAGUUUUAUUAAAAGGUACAGUACAGUGUGUGGAAAUGGGAAUGUUUAGCAAUAUCCAGCUGUCAGAUUUUAGAUGUUCAUACGCCCAUGCUCAAUGGUGAAGCAAUGGUGGCCUUUGAGGACAAGAAGCUCCUAUGGAACAUGACAAGAAUCAUUCAUAUAUAUAUAUAUAUAUAUAUAUAUAUAUAUCCUGCUGUGAUGCCACCAGCACUUUCAGACAUUGGCUCUGUCCUGUGUGCCAGACAGGUAAUCCAGGAGGUAAAGCACGAGUUUUGUCGCCUGACUGCUUGUUAACCAUUUUCACUCAUCAGUGAUUUCGUGGAUUCAGUUUUUGUGCUUGAAGUGCAACAAACACAUUUCUCUCCUUUCACUCUUUUUGCACCUUCAUCUCUCUCCUUUCAUGUCCUAUCAGCUCUUACUGACUGUUCUCUGCCGUGUAUAUGCCAGGGAUAAAAGGCUAGGUACUUGGAAUAUGAAAAUUCCAGUGUCACUCGUGACGGGAAUUAUAAUUGCAGAGUUGAUUUAAAAACAUGCAUGAAAAAGGGAAGGAAACCAUAUGCUGCAUUUAGACUCAAUGCAUUAUUUACUUUAAAUGCAAAUGAGUCAUAUGUCUCUUUAAUGAGCUCAUCAGCAGUGAGUGAAACACUAAUGCACGUCUGUCAGAAACACUCGUCAUUUAUUGCAGUUCAUUUGACUGAGGCAAAGUUGACAGCAAAGACAUUUAACAGAAAGUGGGCCAUGCCGUAUCACUGUAAUGCUUUCUGCACUUAGGAUCAAAUUUCUCGGUAUGUUGAUCAGUCCCUAAUUGCAGCUGAGUGCUGGAUAGUUUUCUUUUUGCUACUGGUUUUGUAGCCUCUGCGGAGUGUUAUGGGGCGCUCACACCAAGCGCAAGUAAAAUCAUCUACUUGCUUUAUUCAUGCGAUUCUAGACGUGUGAAUGAGUAGUAUUUACUUGAUUUAUUCCAGCGUCAAAAGUAAUCCCUGCCAAUUUAAUCGGCGGGAUCAAGUUAUAGACAAGGGUAUUUUUACAAUUUACCAGGUAAUCCGACCUCCUUACUCACUUGCCUCCAGGCGAGCUCCUUUUUAUUCCGGUUUCAGUAACUGAAAGAAAAGGAAUUGUAUGAUUCGGGGCAACCACACACCGACACGACCAGUUUGUCCUCCAUUUUAUAUACCAGUGAACAACCGACCAUUUUCAUACGUCACCCGGCAACCUUCAUGCAGAGUAGUUACCGCAAAGCAAAUAUCCGCUCAAGUUGAGAUUCACCCAAUUUGUGUCAUUCGCACCACCAGAGUCGUAGGAGCAUCUAAUCGCGUCUUUGCAUUGACUUAAACUGUAAUUCAUUCGCAUUAAUGAUUUUACUCGCACUUGGUGUGUUGAGACCGUAAGGGUUAAGAUUUAAUAUCUGGAAAAUUAUUUGUAACCACUAUGAAUUCAUAAAAACAUCAAAAGCAUGGGUACAAAAUUGUAAUUUUGGGUUGGGCUGUUGAAGAGACCUCCAGUAUUUUUAAUUCAGGACCUGCUCUCACGUAUUUCUGUCUAUACCUGUAAUUUUGUUUUAAUUACUGUUUGUAGCUAUUUUUUGUUGGAUCCAAUUAACCAUUUGAGUUGCUGAAGUCACAACACAAAUAAACAAACCUAUCAAUGCAGCGGGAGAGCAGCAUCCCCCUUAUAAAAAGAACUGAUGUGAUCUCUUGAAGUUUGGACAUUUUCAGUACAAUGCUCCACCUGCAGGGGUCCAUUUAGAUGCUUACACUCACUUCAUAGAUGUUAACCAUGAAAUAUGACAAUGCAGCCAUCACAGCUCAUCUGGAGAGAAUGUACUGAAAUAACUCAAAAAGUAUUUGCAUACGUUUGUUGUGAUCACUGGCAGACAAAGCUAGCCAAGUUACAACAGUCAGUCAGUCAUAAAUGGGUAAAACAUGCUGCAAACUUUGAAUAAUGCACAUUCAUGGAUACAUGUUGGAGUCCAAAACAAAUGCAAUGGUGGGAACAUACUGCUAAUGAAAAUAACUGGAUACAAAAAUACAAAAGAAAAAAAAAAAGUGUGCUUUAUGCAUCCAGGGGCGCAGUGGAACAAUGGACAUUGACCCUGGGGUGUCAGUUCAGGUUCUGAUUUCAGAGUGUGUGUCAGCUAUUGCUCUAUUUGCCCUGCAGUUACCGUUAGUGACUGAGCAAUUACAGUCUUUCAAUGACAGAUAGAGACAGCAGGUUGGCCAAUUGCCCAGCAUACAAUGUUCAUACCAUCUUGUUUUUAUUCUCCCUUUUUCUUUGUAUUAACAUUUGAAAAGAUACAGCAGUCAGAACUCACUUACAAAUCUGGGCUAGUAACAAAUUUUGGUUGGACAUUUAAUGAAUUGAUGAAAAAAAGUAAAACAGGAUCUGCAUAAGAUUUCAGAACAUGGAUCAAAAAGACAUUAUCUCAUUCAUAAAGCACUGGCAAAGAGUUAAAUGCUGCACCUGGUAAACUGCAAAACAAAAAGCGUAUCUGUGUGCAGGUGCUGUUGGCAUAUACUUAAAAAAGCCAUUACGCCUUCAUUUGCAUUUGUGACAAGCCUCUCUCUAUGCAAAUAAGCCUCACUGCAAGAAACACUUAAUUUUCUAACACCUGUGCUAACAUCACUGCGCAUUUAGAGUGAUAUAUUUACUGUCUGCUGAGACAAUGCUAAUUGCAGUUUAAUAUUGGCAAGUGAGAUGUUGUCAUGCAGAGUCUCUUCAGUGAUCAGGACAAGAUGUUCUCCUUAGGAUGAUCUGAAAAUAAUAUACUUUUACUUUUCUUUCUUUUCUUUUUUUGUAUUUACUACUCAGUCUGAAUGAGUUGCUUUUUUUCUCUCAGUUCAGGAUGUAAGCUAGAGAUAUACUGUAAAACUUAUACUGCAUUUGUCAUAAUCAACCUUACAAUAAACAUAUUAGGAGUGGCCCUUUUCAUAGAGCUAAUUAUAUAUAUUGACAGAGCUAGAGCUGCCAGGAUGAGAGUGCGCAGCUCUGUGCAGCAGGGCAUGCAAAUACUCUAGAUUAUAAGACUAGCCAAUGAAAAGGGGAGUUGCUCCAGGUCUGCUCCAUGUUGAACCAAUCACGUGAUGAAUUAGAACGAAGUAGCAACCAAGUGUUUUUUCUCACAGCACUGUCGGUGAGAAAAAACAGAAAAUGAGUGCUACCCCCGGCAGAAAUGCAAAUGAAGGCUCAACAGAUGAUGACAUUGUCAACAACACUAGAAUGAAAAUGUCAGCGGUGUGGAGGUAUUUUGGUUUUUUGAGGUCAGACAUGAGGCAUAGUAAUGUGCACUGCAAAUUCUGUCGAGUACAUGUUCUCGCAAAGUCGGGGAAUAGCUCAAAGGUUUUUCACCACCUGAAGCAGUGCCACAUGGCAGAGCACACACAACGCAAAAGGUUACAAACCCCGAACAGAGCAAGGAGCCCAUGGCGCCUGUGCAACCAAAACAUCCGACCAUUCAGUCCGCUUUCUCUAGCACAACGCCUUACGACGAAACGUUGAAGAGACACAAAGACCUCACAGAUGCCGUAGCUUAUUGUAUUGCAAAAGGCAUACUACCAAUAAGCACUGUUAAAUUUCAUUUUUUAUAUUGUUAUAUUCAUCGAUAUUGACUGAUAUGAAAAAAAUAUAUUGUGAUAAACUUUUUCCCAUAUCGCCCAGCCCUUACUGAAAUGCAGAGCCUUAUGGCUUUCAAUGCGCUCUAGUGUAAUCUGUGUAAUUUGCUGUAUGAAUUAGACCUUGAGAGGAAACACAUAGCAGGGAAACUACGCACAAUUGUUGGUGCUGUUAGCAGAUGCAGGCCAGGAGCCUUUAUUUGGUUUAAAUAAAGAGUAACUGAGAAAAAAAACAUACUUCAUGAAGCUUUUUCCACUUUGAGCCCACAGAGGCCUUGAACACUUUCUUGGCAUGCCCCAGUGUGCAUUGCUUUCUUUUGCAGUUGACAGUACAUUUGUGUUUUUGGAUUGGCCUUUGCAGCUCGUCUUUGUUUGUGCAGUUACUUUUAUCCCUUUGUAGCCUCUGGUAGGCUCCCACCAUUGCGUUCAUUUUGGACUUUUGAAGGUUUUUUGAGUUUGCAUCCUGUCUGAUUUUGCAGCAUGCAUGUUCUUAUGAAGACCAUUUCAGCAGCUGUAGAUCAAAGGCCUUUUAGACUAAUUUGUACCAAAAAAUGUUAAAAAAGAUCAGGCCAAUUACCUCAAUAGUGAUAACAUCAUGCCUUACCUGUUAGAGUGCCACACACUGUGAAUCAGUAUUAUGUAAUUUAAGCUGUAACAACAACAAACAGGUUUCACUGUAUUACACACCAACACCCCCACAGAAACAGCUUUUGACACGAUGACUACAGAGUCUCACUUUCAACCCUUACAUUAAAAAUUUCCUGGGCCCAGCUUGCCGUCCACAUUAGUCAGGUCUCUGUAGUGAAGUCAUUCUGGUCUCAGACGGUUUUCUGUCUGCUUUCAUCUUAAAAGAUGCAUGAGGGAGGGAGCGAGAUUUUCUUUGAAGAAAAGUGCUUUAUUACUUUUCACCAAAGUCUGCAGCUUUCUGAUGUGGAGUUGGGGUGAUGUCUGUAAGAAGAGGUCAUUGUGCUGUGAGAGACACUCCCUCAGGCACGUCAGGGCUGUAAUUUGGUGUUGUAAGGUUUAGAAAUAUGUCUGUAAAUAGGCCCCUCAUUUUAGUCUAUCAGAGAUUCAGUCAAAGAUAAGCAGGCAGCACAAAGAAACAUCUAUUACCUGUGUGAAAGAAGUAAUCUAAGUUGAACCUAUUUGAGAAAAUGUGGACUGUGAAGAUUAAAACUAUCUGUGGUGUGUUCCUGCUGAUAUACUUUAAUAAAAGGAGGAUAUGGGAGUCAAAGAGAGCAGAAUCCAUAUUUUCUUCUAUCAUCACCUGAACCCCUUUUAAUGAUAUAUUAUUGUCCUUUGUGUGCUUUUAUUUCAGAUAAACUCCACCUGGUGUCUCCGCUCCUCUUGCAGCCAUGGCUUUCUCUGUAUCUGGAGGGACCGUGUUCACCAUCCUUCUCAUUAGCAGGUAAGACAGCGCACAGAAGGAGAAAUACACCCCGCUGGGAACUUUAGCCACGAAGGUCUCCAAAGGCAGGGAGCAUAAUCAAGUCAUGUCAGAGUCUAAUUUAUAACAGCCAGUGCAGGCAGUGCUUUGUGUACAGUGAGCUGAGAAGAUGACAGAGAGGUAAUCAGAUGUAUCAUUUUGCUGUAAAGCUUCAAUGCUUGAUAACAUCUCCCCAUGCAUCAUGCACAAGAAGCAGCUGAGCUCCUUUGACACAUUCUCAACGCUGCUGAGCAGAACAGAUGAAGCUGGAUCCAGCAUCACAUGUAUCAGUCUUGCAUACAGUUGGUGUUAUAAUCCCUGCAGAGGUCACACAGAGAGAAUGAUGGGAUGUUUUGGUGAUGUUACCGUGAACAGAAGCCCCUCGUCUCCCUGCAGUUUGUUUUCAAAGCAGAAAAUGCUCUUUGCACAUUUCAGAUAAAGUGAGCCCUCUGGGCCUCUCUGAACCCGCCUAUAAGAUAUUCUCUGUAUAGUUCAGCACUUCUUUGCAUGAUCAGCUCCAGGAUUAAUGUGCUAAAGAAGGCUUCAUGCUAUGAUACUAUGUAGAUGAACACAUUUGCAGUGUUCAGGCCCCUCAUACAUGUAAUGAAUUAAUUUUAUGAAUCUGUGAGCUCUGAAACAUCCCAUGCUUUAAACUGUGGAAUGGGCUUUAUUGGGUUUAAAUGAACCGGGCCAGUUUAGGCCGAGAAGACCUUAAUGAGGGGCAGUUCUAGUUAUCUGUGAAUUACUCAUGUGAUUUAAAGCUGUUGUAAAAAAAAAAAAAAGAGCCUUAAACUGUUAUUGUGGCUGACUACAACAGGGCUGACACCACAAAGGUGUCUCCGUAUUGGCUGGGGGUAAAACAAGCUGGUGAUAUAGGAGUCUUUAAAUGUGGUCGUGCUGUGUCAAGUGGGGCAAGGUGAUUGUGCCAUUUUUUUAGGCCUGAUUCGGACUGGAUUUUAAGGUUACCUUGCAAGAUGAUCCUGUUGUUUGUGGUGUGUUAGAGUGAAUUUUCUUCCCUCUGAUUUGUGUGGAAGACAAUCAAAGCCACUCCAUGUGAAAUCGUAAAUAUCAAACAUGUUCAAUAUUUACAAUCAUGAAAUUUUAUGUGUGUGGGGAUCCCCGAGGAUGGCCGAGCAUGCACUCAGUCAGUCGUGGAACCGUUUGAUAGCCAAUUCAAAGAACAACAAACGCAACCAUUGCAAAGAUGGUAAACAUGAGGCAUAAAUUUGAGUGGAUGUCACCGAUAAAGAGCCUACUUGCUGACAUCUGACAACAGCACAGGUCUUUACACAGUGUUUUUGAUUAACCAUACCAAUAUGGACAUGACAAAGGGAGGCACUAGAAGAAACUGCUCCUGCAAGCAAAGUACCAGCAAGCUAAGCAGCUAAUACUGGUUAGCGCUCAUUAUCAGCCAUGUUUGUUAAUUCUGAAGUCAAAUUUGACUUCAGGAGACUUUAUGAGAUUUCCACUUUUGGAGUUCUCCAGUUGUAGGUAAAAAUACUCAAUGUGUGUUGUGUGACAUUAUGACAAUGUCCGGCCAUGUCAUGGUUACCCUCCAAUCAGAAACUAGAGUCCUGUUGAGAGGAAUAUUUGGCUAACAUUUGCUUAACUGGCAAAACUAAAUGCAGGAAACCUUGUAUUUCUCUCCCUCUUAAGUAUGGCUGCCACAACUACGGGCAUGUAAGGUCUUAUUCACCCCAUCUGUCUGCACUAUACAUACUUGGUUUUCCAUCAGCUCGGUAAAUGUCCAACCAUGUCAUUGCAACCAUCAUGUAAAGCUCAGCUUGUCUGCUCCUGUUCACCAGUGUUUACUUACCUGACAGCCUCAGUCUCAAAUGGUAAGUGACCUCACAUACUAAGAGAGACCCAUCUUGUACUUACUUGCUGGCUAAUGCUGCUCAUCGAGUCCAAAGGACUUUUUACCAGUGUAUUAAGACAACAAACAAAAACAACAAAUAAAAAUAAAAACCUGUUGUUUAUUAAGAUCUGUGUUUUGCCUCUUUGCAGGGAGGUAAAGAGGCAACAGUAUUUAUCAUGGAAAAGCUUUAUUAUGAUAAUUAUUAUAUACUGCUAUUGUUUAGUGUGUGACCAUGAAUAUUUACCAUUAGAUAGCUUUUGUAUUUGCUGAUGAAGGCAAAUGAGCAGAAAGUAUUUUAACUGUUAAGCUGUAAAUACAGGAAAAAAAUAACAUGCACAUAACAUUUUCUUGAAAUGUUGAUAAUUCCUCAUUCAGCUGUAAAUUAAAACUUGAAUCAUCUGGAUAGAUCCAGAUUUCAAAAGAUAAAAAAAAAACAUCCUUUAUACUAAAGUGAGUCUGAAAUCCUAUUUGAUAAAUGGGGAUCAUGCACUCUGAGAUUUCCUUAGGAUUAGUGUGCCCGAGGAAACAACAUACUACUUCACAUGAUCCUGCACAAUCUCAUGUGACCUUAGGGGGAGAAAGAAAAGACAGAAAAAAAUAUUCUCCACUUUACUUUUCUUUAUAAAAUCAUCCUCUGGAAAAAAAAAAAACGAAGGAAUGGCUGCACAAGUGUGGAUGUAAAAUUGAGUUUUACACCAGGUCCAUUGUGGGUCACCCAUAUUACAGUUCCAGUCCUGAGAGGUGGAUCCCACUUGUUGGUUUUCUGUCGGUGGUAAGCAUACUAAUGUUAGGAGCUGGGGCUCAAAUGUUGACAUCCCUUGGCACUUGGAUCCAAGUGUCAUUAUUCUUCUGACUGAUGCUUUGUGUUUCACUGUUCAUACUCAGACUGAGUUUGUCUUUUCUGUGCUGACAAUGCAUUCAACCACACAGGCACUUUUUUGUAAUUGUUGUUGUUUCUCGCUGGCUAAAGUGAUGUGCAGGCUCCUUCACGCAUCACAAAGUCGACAGAGAGCAUGAGUGGUUUUCUCCUUUGCUCUGUAGACCUCUUUAAUUGCUCUAUUUCCAUAUUUGCAAAUUUCAUUUAGGUUGUAAUGCGUAGCAUGCUGCUGCCUUAAAACCAGGUCCCAUGGCAGUUGGCAAAAUUACCAUGAAAUGAUAUCCAGGAUUUCUGUACAUCAACAUGAAUUUCCCAUUUUCUCAUGCCAGUCUACAUGGCUGUAUAACAUAGCAGAAUGUCAGGCUCUUUUAACAUUUAAUAGCUUGGCUGGAUAUUCGUUAGAGAUAACUGUAAUUUAAUUAUUUCCACUUAAAAUGAACAUUCAGAUAUCAACAAUCACUCUUCCCAGGACAUAUGACAUUACUUGCUAUGAACGUAUAUUUGGAUUUUAGCUUGAGAUAACCACAACAGCAUUCCUCUUAUCAAGAAUGAACAGAAAACAAGAAGUGAUGCCAUUUGUACAAGUGAUAAUAAAGUGCUGCAAUGGACAUACAAAGCAAGAUGAGUGACGUGUGUAUUAGCUUUAGGAUAAUGGCAGAGGCAGGAUUGUCUAUUUGAGUUUAGUCUGUAUGAAUUUAGAAGUCAACAGUGAUGUACUGUGAAGGCCAGUUUGUGUCAAGAACCCCAUCCAAACUGAAAAAUCGCCUUUAUGUGGCUUAAGACCCCAAAAUACCUUUGCAUUAAUACCUAAUAAUAUAAAUGAAAACUAGCUUGUGGACAUUUGUCUUCCAUUUUUGUGUCUGUCUGCCUGCUUCUUUCUUAGCAGGCAGCCUUACUGAGUUCUGCUCAUCCACUCUGGCUUGUAUUCCUUCACUUACAUGAAGAAAAAGAAAAAAAAAACAAAUUCAUUUAUUUUCUAUUCAACUUUGGAAAAUGGGCUGCAGAUCACCGCACUGAAACAAAGAGGACUGCUUUAAAUAUUCAGGUCCAAUUUAUUUUUCAAUAACUUCUUUGACGUGUCUCUUCUGCACUGAGUACAGCAUCUGUGUAGAGCAUACUGACUCACAUCAUUAUUUGUUCAAAAGGAGACAUGGAGCAAAGCUAUAAACUGGAAAAAACCCUGCACAGUAUGUUUUCCAAUGAGGUCAUUGUUCAUCUUAUAAAAAUGGUUUUCAAACAAAAUGGGCGAUAGCUUGUUCAUGAUAUAUUUGGAUUACAUGUGAAUGAAGCAUUUGAAUUUGUUCCAAAGGACACCAACCUAGGGCCUGAUUUACUUAAGGUUGUGUGUAUAAAAACACUUGCAAACUUGAUUGUCCCCACAAAGCUCAAUUACUAAACAGGUGCACCAAGGAUUCCGUCUUUAAAAUGCAAAAAAAAAAAAAAACACAUGAGCAAUCCAUUUAGCACGUGUUCCUUCAUAAAUAUGCAGUAUGUCAGAAUAAGCAAAGUCCUGGGCGAAGAAUAUGUAAAUGUAAAUGUUUAGCACCCGCAAUGUGAUUUAUGAAACCCUGGAACAGAUUGCAGUUGGUGUUUUUGCAUCUAUAUUUAGCACGUUUGAAAGGCAGGUGCAAACUGGCACAAAUGGAUGGGGUCAUUGUGGCAAGAAGGAGGCAUAGGUACGAUGACAGACGAUGGAGAGAGACAGUCUUCGGUGCGCGUGUCAACAUAUUUGGAAUGUGAGAAAUUGAAAUAGUAGAGUACUAGUAACGGCAAUGCCAUUUUUGAGCUGCUGGGUGACCUAAGGGCUGAUUUGGAGCCAGUCACAAAAAUUAUUCAUGCCAUAUCUCCUACUGAAAAAUUCCUUGUAACACUGCAUUUUCCUGUGUGUGGGUUAUUCACAGUUGAUGCCGGCAUCUCCCAGAGUAGCUUUUCUGGUGUGCUGUCCCAAGCAAAGCCGUCCCAAGGCAUAGGCAAACUAAGUGCCUGCUUAGGGCCCUAAGAGCAAUCAAAAAAAAUUUUUUUUUUUGAAAUAUUUUUAUUUUUUUGCAUGUAUGAGUGAUGCUUUCUGUAUGAUCAAAUACAUAUUAUUGUAAACAUAAAAUAAAGUAAAAAUAUUUUGGUGCUGCUGCUGAUUAAGGCCUAUGAUUCUUACUGCCGAUAUGUCAAAGCUCCACUACCGUUUUGUGCCUCCUGCUGUGCAAUGUGCACUGAGCAUCCAAAGCACAGGUAGUUGUGGGGCAAAAAAGCAGCUGCGAAGCAGGAUUGAUUUAUUGAAAUAAUAUCUCAACGUGUAGUGAUUAUAAUGUCCAUAAUAUUAAGGAGACCAUUAGCACACCCUGUUAGCAUGGGCUCCUCCGCUUAGAGGCCUCAAUAUCUUAAGAUAAAGAGGAGCUGCCAGUGGUAUACAAAUGCAGUACAACCUCGUGCAUGAACCCACAUGUGACAUUAUUGACCCAACACUUUUAUGGAGAGUGCCUGUGACCUUGACAAUGCUGGAACUCUCAACGGGUCAUAAAGUCUCACCUUCAUCAUGCAGAAAAGACUCGGGGGGCAUAUAUUGUCUGUUUGAACUCUGUGGAAAGAUUGAUGUCUGAUCUCAUGUUGGAGUUAAUGACAUGCUGGUGAACACUUAAGUGUCAAUCCAGCCUCAGAUAACCCCCUUCUACUCUUCUCUUGUUCCUGUGAAAUACCCUGGCAGCAUUGGAGCACUGUUUUUCUCCCUGAGUCGAAAAGAACAAAGCAGGAAAUUCAGGAAAAGAGGCAGCGGAUCAUAGCCCAGCUUGUUAUUCAAAAAGGACAGAAAACAGCCGGUAGAGCAGAACGAUUUUUUUUUUUAGACAAACCCUGAAUCACUUUCAUAUGUGGCAGUCAGCCAUGGAUUAACUGGCAUAUGAAGUUUUAACUGACAGUCAAAUAAGCAUGGCUUUGAAACAGAUCACCUAUAAGUUUGAAACCACAUUAUUUGUUUGACAAAAUGAAAUCUGAGAAGUUGCUUUUUUGGGACUAGACACUUGCAGUUGAAAACAUCAUCACAUGUGGUGGAGCCCAGGUCUUGUGCUUGAGACCAACUCAAAUCAGAUUAACUGGACUCAGGAAUCAACUUUGCCUUCUUUGCUCUCAACAGUUUCACAGCUUAUGUGAGAAAUAGCAGGACAACAUGUUUGAUAUAUAAAAGAAACAGAAGAGAAGUCAAGAACAACCUCAAACUUUAGCAUACAUCUGCCAACCCCUCCACCACGGUAAGGUGGUAGCUUGAGGAGGGUAUUUUUAUUUGUUUGUUUAUCUAUUUAUUUUGUUUGUUUGUUUGUUUGUUUAAAAAAUUUUUGUAAUGUUUUCAUUUUUUUAUUUUUUGUUUUUUUUCGUGUUUUUUUGUUUGUUUGUUUUUGUGGGAGUUUUUUUGUGUUAAGAAAGUGUUUUUGUGUUCCUGUUAAGAAAUAGUUUUAGCCAUAUUCAUAUGAGGUUAGUAACUAUAAUCCAUGAAAAGUCACACUUGAAUGAGAAUUCAAAAUAUGAAUAAAAACCAGGAAAGUAAAUAAAUAAAUAUUUAUGGCCCUUUUUAAAGUAUACCUGAUUAACUUGCUUUUCUUUGUUGAAACAGACUCUGGGUGGAAAGCUGAUACCAGCUUUAUGAACUUACUAAAAGCAGCUGUGUUGUACUGUCAGUGAGACAUUUAUGAAUGCCUGAAUUCAUGAUAUUCAUGAUAUGAAAGCAUACCCCUGCAUUUAGGUAGCACUAGUUUGACAACAGUGCUUACAGAAAGCAGGGAUCAAAUUGAACUGAAGCCUAUUCAAGCAGAUUAAAGGCUUACUCUGUGCUUUUCUUGCUUAUUGCAGAGAGACACGACUAAGUCUGUAUAGAAAUAUAUUUUAUGUCAGAGCUUUUUAUUGACUGUCACAUGAUGGAUUAACAUAUUCAUAGGCCUAAAUAAUAACAUGACAAGACCACCCUGAACUUUCCCUACAGAUAGCAUUACAGAGAUGCACAUGGACAGAUAUGGCUCACUGCAACAAGUGCACCAUGUUUGUAUUUAUGACAUGUCAAAAAUAUCUCACUAUGACAAUUUAUUGUUGAUCAAAGGGACAUUCCAAUGUUUGAGGGAAGUUUAUUUUAUUGCAGAUUUAAAACCAGAAAAUAUCUUUGCAUGUAGUUUGAAUAUAUUUGAACUUUGAGAAUUUUGAAAAUAAAAAUAAGAAACCCAGAUUUGACUCCGACAAGUGUUUUGGCACACUGAUUUGGAAGAGUGAUCCUCAAUUUUAGUCCUCCUGACAUGUUAAUGCUUAAGGCUGCUCACUGAUGUCACUUGUCAGGGAUACCAAAAUAUAACAGGACUGAUGUCUCAGAGUGGAUGUCAAGGCUCAGCUCGGCUGAAUAACAUCCCGUUGGAAGCCUGAAGAUUUCUGCAGUUUUUCCCUUUUCGUGUAAUGCCACCCUGCCUUGUUAAAUGGACAGAUUUUACACGUGGUUCUGCAUUAGGCACCAAGUAAACUGUCUUGGGUCUGCAGGAGACAUUUCACUGAAAGUCUUAAAUGGAGAAUAUUUAAAAUGUUUUACUCCAAAAAAAAAAAAAAAAAGAAAAGAAAAGAAAUCAUAGUGCCUGGUUUCCUCUGAGAGACAUAAUGAGCCAAUUGAUAUUCUUUAAAGUUUCUCCAAAUCGACUUUUCUCUUUACUACACUGCCUGUUGGUAAUUGCCUUGCCUUGCCUGUUUAAAACCCAUCAUUUAUCAUUUUCUGCUGCAAAGCUUACUGAAAACUACUUUUUCAUGUUCAUUAAGUUUAAUUGUAGGUCUCCUAUCUGAAACAACAUCUUCCCUCCGCUGGGUUCUUCUGCCAUUUCCGUUUUCACAGCAGUUAGUCAUGCAACCAUCAUCACUUCCAUUGUGCCUCUCGCUCCAGACCUGAUUAUACCGCAGUGUUAAACUUUUUGAACCACAGGGCUGUAUGUUAUUAUUGGCCUCUUUAUUUCUGUGACCACAGCUUGUUGUUUACUCCAAACACAUUACUAAGAAACAAUUUAUUCACUUAAAUUGGAUUUUUUUUCCCUUUAAAUUGGGCUAUGGUUUAAAGCUUAAGGUUCUUGACUUUUUUGGAGGUAUGAAGAACCUUCUCAGGUUAUCAAGCACUUUUAUUAAGAACCAGGGACUAAAUUUACCCCACCCCUACCUCACCCCCAGCAUAAAAAUAUCAAAGCUGUUUUUUGUUAAAUGAAGACUCACAGCUUUUUCUUAUUUCUGUAGGGGACUAAAAUGACCAAGUGGACCAGAUUUCCACUUUCUUAUUACACUGUGUUUCAAAUAAGUUGCUGGUACUUGUGCUUUGAAAUAAAAAAGGCAAGCAUUCAGGAGAGAAAGUCAUCCCAUUAUGCCCUAAUCCUAAUGCUUAUAUACUCUAACAAUAAGUUACAAAACUACUUAUAUUGAGGCCCAACAUCCAAGCAUGGAGACAAAUGGGAAAAAAGGGCAGCUUAAGCUAACAUUUGACUGGGGUUACCUACUGUAGUAAGCUAUUCAAAUUCAAAUUCAAAACAUACAUUUAUCAGCUCAUCAAUUCAUCUGAAGUAACUUACCAUUUGACCCAGUAAAGGGCAAUGUCAAUAUAACCUAAAACCAAUGAAUGGCACUCUGAACUCAGUCAAUUAAUUAAGCCAUGAUUCUCAACAAAGUUGGGGGACAUAUGCUACAAUCAAAGCCAACCCCAGCAGACAGUCAAAACACCAAAACAUCUGAAAAGAGGCUCGUUGAAGUAUUUUGGGUUCUACACCACAGAGAGCAAGAUAAAGGACAAAGAUAGAGCUGUAUGUUGACUUUGCACAAAGCAGCUGUCAUACUCUUCAACAACAAUAAAUCUGCAGGCUCCCCUGUGAGGCAGCACAGGCACAGGCUGGGAUUUCCUUAACCCAGUGCUGUUGUGCUAAAAUGAAAAGAAUCAUACAAUGAAAUUCUAUGAAUGUUAAGUGUAUGUGCUGUGGUGGGGAUGGAGGGUGUGUGUGUGUAUGUAAAUAUAUUUGAACAUCAGUAUGUCAUGUUCAUUGUUCAUUCAAACAUUAUAUUUUGAAAAAAAAAUGACAGUUCUUUAGUGGGUGCCUUUCUUUAACAGUGUUUCUUUAAGUUAGGCCCACAAUACCCAGUUACGUCAGGGAACCACUCCUAUAUGCUGCUCUCAACCUCCCACCAUAUCAAUUUAAGCCAAAUUUUAGUGGGGAUUUAAGGGAUGAUGCCAGUUUUGGGAAGAAAUGUGGAAACUUAAACAGGACACAAAACAAGACCUUUUUGUUUACUGACCGAGUAUUUCGGGUCUUUUGCAAAUCUGCUGAAAGUCAGGUUGCAGUCCCAGUUUUAUCAGCUCUCAAGAUACAUGCUUGACUGUGAAUACUGUGCACCAGGAUGGAAGGACAUAGAAACAAGGAAAUACUGUAGUUUUCUCUGACACAAAAUAAGUAAAUCCCAGAUUUAAGAAUUAAGUACAGUCCAAUAUAUAUAUAUUUUCUUUUUAAUUAAUUAAUUAAUUUAUUUAUUUAUUUAUUUAUUGUAAUCAUUGGGUCACAAAUAGCACUACAGAACAAAAAAAAGUAAACUAAAAUAAAAUAAACACCAAAAAUAUUGAGAUUAUAUUGUAAAAUUAAGGAAACAUCGUGUGGUUUUUGCUAUAUACUGUUUUAACGAGUUUAAAUCUCUUAAAGUUCGAAAGAAAUACAUUUUUCAAACCUGGUCGGGUCCUGCAAUAAGGAAAUGAGCAACAUUUAAAACUUGAAGCAACAUUACAGAGCAUGGAUCUAUGUCUGUGGAUAUGGACAAGUGGAAUAGUAUCCUGUGGGAAGCCUGUGUUAGAGCUUUUUUUUCUGCAUGAGAUCCUCAAAAGCUCUGAGGUCCAUUUCAUCGUACAAGACUACAAAGCUGGAACCAGGGAUUGAGGGUCUUAUUACCAAGAUAACACUUUGUAGUGUCAUUUUAAUUAAUACUAACCAAGAUCUUAUUUGGGCCUCCCUUUGAGCUCCAAAAAUCUCAGAGCUUGUAAAAGAAGAUUAAAUAAAGACGCACACUAGCCUUAAAAAGGAUGUUACAGUAGCUGAUAGCUCAUCCCAUCAGGGAGCGGCUCUGUGACUAAAGAUCAUAGAGGUUUUUUUGUAUGUCCCUCACUCUCAGGGUUAGGAAACCCUUGCUAAUAGCCAUUGUUUCCUGUUAGUCUUGGGACAAAUCUAAACAGUGAUAAAUAAGUCUUUAUCUGGGGUUAAAAUAAAGUUCAGAUUUCAACAAUAUAAAGAUUUGUCUGAUUUUAUUUUUUAACAAGUUUUGAUCUCACAGAGUCCAGUUUUACAGUGUAUUAGAAUAGAAUAGAAUAGAAUAGAAUAUUCCUUUAUUGAUCCCCAAUUGGGGAAUUUUUUUUGCCACAGCAGCAACACAGACAAAGAAAGUGCAAAAAUGCAGUUAUAAAAAUAAAGAUUGUAAUAUUAAGAACUUAAAUGUUACAAGUAAGAAAAAAUUUAGAAAAGGAGAAAGGGAGAAGAAAAUAAAACUAUAUACAAUAUGCAUAAUGAGUCUGGACAUGUUCUUCCUUAAUGGCUAUAACUGUGCUUUCACAGUGUUGAAAACACUCCCAUAUUUAUAUAAAACCACAUAAACCCUAAGCUGAAAGGAAUCUGUAAAUUCCAUUUACUUAAUUUUCCUGUGUCACUUAAUAAUUUGGGGGUCUUUCAAACUGGAGCUAGUUUGGCUCCAUUAACAUUAUCUUUUGAAGCCCAAGCUCACUAACCAAGCUAUUAUAGAGAAAAAGAAGACAUGUUUGUUGUAAUCAUCUAUGCUGAAUCUUGAGAUAUUAAAGUUGAGGUAGCUAUAAACUUAGCUGCUCUCCUAAGGUCAAACUUAUCCUAAUGAUGGCUUCAGUGUCAUUGUUUUUUUUUCGUCCAUUACAUGUGUGGUCAUUGAAAAAACAGCAGGGUGGCCUAAACUCUGCAUCAGCGGUAAUUCUCUUAAGUUUGUCCCUUUAAAGGUCAGAGACCCUACAUAAAAUGACAAAUGAUGGCAGAUUCAACAGUUUCAUUCUUAUAGUGUGCAGCAAUGCUUUAAACACAGUCCACCUCACACAAAGACUCCAGAGCAGCCAGAGUCCUGACUACCCAAACUGAAAAUCUUUUGAAGUCAAGCGUGAUUAUGGGGUGAUCUCCCACUACAAUUAUGGGUGCUUAUUAUUGCCAGCUGUUAGGCUUCCUGUCAUUUCAGUUGUGGUGUGUGUCAUGACCUGGCUCAAGUGGUCCCAACAAAAAAAGGGGAGACACACCAUGUAUACGAUUCAUAACAAAUCUUUAUUAAAUCAAAUUAAACCAAAUGAAAAUAUUUAAGAAAUGAGGUGUGUGAAUCAGUAAAAUCAGUAGUAAAGUGUGCAUGAGUGGAAGGUAGGUGUAUGUGUGCAAGGGUGUUGUACAAAGCAAACAAAAACUACAACUAAACCAACCCGAACCAAACUCAGCCAAGCCAAGCCAAGCCAGAGAGAAACCAACAAGACACACCUCCAACAGCAGCAUGACCCUAUAGGGGCAUCACAUGUGUUUGACCAAACAUGUUGGCUGUUUUCGAAUUGGCGUACUGCAUACUCCUGCCGACCGCAGUAUGCAGUAGAUACUGCAUAAUGAGUACUGUGUUUGAUAGUAGUAUGCAGUAAGACUGCAAGUCAGCUGUUAUUAUGGAUUGGCUCGGUUUAGCUGGUUUGCGGUAUGGAAAAGUACAUUGUACCCUGGUAAAUUGCAAUGACACUAUAGUGUUGCCCAUUCAUUUACGCAAUGAAGAAAAUCAGUUACGUUUUAAUUUGAUUUUUUCUGCAUUUUUUAUCAAUCAUGAUCAAAACCAUCAAAACAUGAUCUGUCUAUGCAAUAACUCAUUUGUAUGGCGACAUUUGAUUCUCAUCAUGGCAUUGUAAAUAUAUCAAAGUUAUGUAAUGUGUAUGUUGUCCUCGUUUCCUGCUUAACUGAAAGAAGUUGCAUUUCCGCUAAAUGUGUUAAUUGAUGGCAUCUGCGUGAUGUGGUUUUAUUUCCCUUUGUCACGAUAGUUUAAAAACUACAGUAAAAGCCCUCAAAUACAAACUCCUGUCCUGUCAAUUUAUUUCAAAUACCGUUUUAGUAGCUGAUUGAGUCUGACUGCUUUAACAUUUACUCACCUUUCUGCAUUAAAGCUUUGGACCCCCUCUAAUGCCAGCUGCCCGUCCAGCUGUGUGAUGUAAACAUCGCUGAUGGCACACACUGUGUGUGGUAAACAUCACGCGUUCUGUACAGUAUUAAAGAUGAGAAGAAGCAGGAGAAUUUGAGGAAAAUGUGAGACGAUAGAAAUAGAGGAUAAAAAAUGUACAGUAUGGUGACAAAACAUGGCAUUCUUGUCAGUGGUUUGCACACAUAUUGCUGAAAGAAGGAGGAGAAGACAGGCUGUCAGAAGAAAAUCUUUUGGCUGUCCUCUUAGAAAAUGAAUGGUCAGGUGAUAAGUUUCGUCGCUCUCCGCUAUUCCACUGUCUUCCCAGGCGCUUUGCAUUGUGGGUAACAGUAGGCAAAGCAAACUGGUCCUAUGCAUACUGUGAAAUGUUCCCGAAUAAGUACGUCAUCUGGGUAUUUUUUGCAAACUGCCAGUUUCACAUUUGUUUGCCUACUGCAUACUGCAUACUAAGUUUGAGCAAAUCUCUACAUCCUGCUAGUAUAGUAUGCAAAUUCAAAAACUAGAAAUAGAUUCUAUAUUUCACGUGUCCAUCUCAGUUUAUGCUUUGCCUUUACUACUGUUGCCAUGGUUGCAUUUUUGUGCCUCUUUUUUCAGUCAGCGUGCUUUCCACAUGACAAUGGACAGCAUGCAUGCUCAGUGGUCCUAAGGGAUCCCUCCACAUGUCAGGAUUUCUGUUCAUAAAUAUUGAACAUGUUUAAUAUUUAUGAUUUUAAGUCAGGGCGGCUCUGACCCUCUUCUGCACAGAUUGGAGGGAAGAAAAGUCACUCUUCACACAUCACACGAUUGUAGGGGUGGGAGAAAAAAAUUGAUACAGCAUAGUAUCACAAUAUUUUGUUUGGCGAUAUAUCGUAUUGUCCUAUUUACCAAGUAUAUAUUUUUUCAAGAUAAUUGCUAAUAUGAACUCAAUUGUAUGAUAAUGGAAAAAUAAAAUCAAUUGUUUAUCCAGUAAAGGCGGUAGAUGUGACCUGGGGAAGGACAUUAGGGAUGAGAGCAGGGCAAAAAUUUGACCUGACAUAUGAGGUUUGCAGGAAGUGUUACAUGUUAGGAAAAUAAAAUAAAAUACUGCGUAAAUAAGACAAACAUAAGAGAGAGACAAGCUUAAAUCAGCCAAGCACUUUAAAACAUUUUUUAAAUGGCAACAUGUGGUAUCGCAAUACUCACUGUUUUGCAAAAUCCGUCCAAUGAUCGGGUCUUUGCUGGGAGUCAGGCCCAAAAGUAGCAUAAUUAUUUUGUAGUGCAUACCACACUGUAGAGAACACAGAUAAGACCACAACCAAAAAGACACCUCCAACGCUCUCAUGUUACGACAAAAACUACCUGCAAGUUUCAGAACUUUCUUCAUUGUUGCUUUUAUCAAUGCUGCUUUAGUUUAAGUUAGUCACAAGCAGGUAGAAAACUAGAGGAGCUCUGCUGCAGUUGUCUGGAGUACAGGACAGGAUGCUUCUGGAGUUUUUCUUUGCAGAGAUAGCUGGGGCCUAGUAGUCCCUACAACUGCUCCUAACAUGUAUUCCUUAUUAUUUUCACUAUUUCUCAACUUUCAAGACCAACCUGAGAAAAAACAAGUGACCCUGACUCAGUGUUAACAGGCAGAGGUAAAUUUGUCAAACUCCUCUCUGUGGAUUGAUUUAGUAUGAUAUGUGCAAUCAACUCGUCUCUGUCGUUGCUUUUGGUGAUGAGAACUAACAGUGUGUGGCCUCUGGUGUGUAAUUGUGAGUGUUGUGUGGUGGUCGGAGAGGCUGUAGGCGCAAAUUGGCAGCCACGUUCCUGUCAGUCUGCCCCAUGGCAGCUGUGACUACUAAGGUAGUUUACUACCACCAUAGUGUGACUGUGUGAGCGAAUGAAUGAUGUAUCCAAUGUAAAGCACUUUGAGGGUCUCUGAUAGUGCGCUAUAUGAAAUCUGAUGCAUUGGGGCUUUGAGUAUCUAGCACAGCUUUAAUAACAAGUGAUAAGGUCCUACAGGAAGAGUUGGAGCUUCUUUUCCAUACAGGGAACAGUGAGAGUUGGAGAAAAAGUUGUCUCAUCUAUCCAUUUUCAGUUCUUUUUAUAUGUUGCAUAAACCAAAAAUAAUUUGUCUCCCAUAAUCCCCCUCCUGUUGCGGCCUCAAUCACAUGCAUACAGUACCGCUUAGGAGCUACAUGAACUUUUUACCUGAAUGCAUCAUCAUUUCCUUCCCUCCUAUUUCUGGUGUCUGCAGCCUGCGGCUCUUGCGUUUAAACUAAGCUCUACAUUGGCGGGUUUGAUGAGUAUGUUACUCAUGUUGAAGCUGUGCUUUUUGUUUUAUGAACUGGUGAAGUAGAACAGGCCUCUAAGGAGGGGAACACAGUUUUUUUUUUUUUACAGUGACAGAUUUUAUACAAGAUAAACUUUUGCAAAACAUUGUUAACUGAUCAGGGAAAUGCUUUUAUUCCUUAAUACUUAUAGAUUUAACUAUUUAAUGAGGCAAAGGAGUGAAUUGCUGUCUUGGGGACAGAAGAAGUAUGCAGGCUGUGGACCAGCAAAAACCUAGUCUGAAUUCUGAAGCCCAUGUUUAGAGGUAUUCCUCUGUUUUUUCCCCACAGAAGGAAAUAUCUAGAACUAUAUAUGUAGAUGUAAAAACGCACACACAAACACAAACAUCCCUUUUCCACUUCAGACUUAGUUGUUGAUAUACCAUAACACUGUUUACUGCAUGAUGGAGCUGAAAUUAGCAUUAAUUAGCAUAACAUUUCUUUACUGUUAUGAUAUGUGUUGACACAUUUGUUAGAGGCAUCCAUUAGCGUUCCUUUACUCAGUUUCAUUCAGUAUUCAAAUGAAACCAGCUAAUUAUGUUGCUGAUGGGAUUUCCUGGAUGGUCACACUUUUCAUAAUAACUGAUGAUUUUUUUUCUCACUAAUGGCUUCUGUUGGUAAUGAAAUGAGGAAAAAUAUGAAGAAUAGUAGUGGAGAUUAGUCAUCGAGGCAUAAAAUGCAGCUGUAAAGAUUUCUCUUUUUGAAAGUCAAACUUGUUGAUUGCAAUAAUUUGUUGAUGUCUGGAGUCUGUCAACACAAUUUUGAGCUUCAGUGUCUUUAUAACUCCUAAUUUAUGCUUUUGGAUUACAUUUUUGAAUGAGAAAUGAUUUAUGUUUGUGGUAGAUGAUCUAUUAACGGAGCUAAACUGGGUGGGUGGUAUCCCCACUUGUUAAAACAGCGCAAUUAUUCCAUAGCUCACUUCCAGGAACUCUGACUUUAUGUGGAUUUUGUACGAGUGUGUAGUAUUAUCCACAGAAAUCAAUUCUUCUGCUUCCUUUCAACAGUUGUGCCAAAAGCAAAUUAACAAAUACCUGAAUUAAACUUGAUUAAAAACAUGCAACAUUUGUGCUGAUUGGGAAAAUUAUGUUAAGAAAGGCUUCUUUAAUAAACACUGGCAAAAGUCUGCCCUUAGAUCUUGUCAUCGACAUGCACGCUGGAAGGAUUAAUAAGUGAUUAAGAUUCAUGCUGAAUUGCAGUGUCUUUUUGCAGUAGAGUCUUCUGCAUGCACUAACUGAUACAAUGUUAAUAACCUUUAUUUUUCACAUUUAUGCUUUUUUAUACAUUAUGUUUCUUUGCAAACUCAAAUUAAGGUCUACAAACAGCUUAAAUAUUUUUAAAUUGAAAUAAAUAGUUGCAAGGCAUGAAAAAAUAUAAAGUAAUAAAUCUUUCAGAAGAACAUUACAAAAGGGGAUGUAUAGGUAGAGGCAGAUUUUAUCAUGCUGUAAGUCAUUCCAUAAAGGAACUGCAAAAACUCUUUGUCCUCAGUCUUCAAACUGGUUCUGAAUACAACCAAGCAAAGACAUAUCAGCUGAUCAGAGACACUCAGGGGGUCAGAGGGUCAAUUAUAUACUGGGGGGGCCUGACCAUGUGGAGCUUUAAAAGUUAGUAAUAGAAUUUUAAAAUCAAUACCAGCGCAAGCCAAUGCAUGAAUGCCAGGAUUGGGGUUAUGUGGUCUCCAAGAAGCUACCACAUGAGAAGCCUGGAGAAUUUCCCUGAUAGAGGGCAUUAUAGAGGUUCAAAUGUUACACCACAAAAGCUGGAACAAUCAUGUGUGAGUGAUUGAUUUACAAAAGUGAAACAAAUUUUAGAAAUGGAUUUUAUCUCUUUAUCAAAAUAUCUAGCAAAUCCCGAGUUUCUUGCAGUUGGUUUUACAUUUUGAGGAGGCAGUUUAAGAUGACUAAACAGGAGAAUUUUUUUUAAAUAUAAUGUAGGAAGUUGACUAAGGUGGUGAUUUCAUUUACAGUAGCUUAUUACCAGGCUUUCUUGCUACCACCACCAAACUGUAUUAAAUGAUUUUCAUUGGUUUAAGCUCCUUGACCACCUCCUGACCAAAGUUAUUAAGUCUGCAUAACAAGAGCAACACAAAAGACAAACAGAUCUUUCACAUCCUUUCAAAUGAGUGUGCAGAAAAUAGCUCAGACAGGCAAAGUCGUUGGUAGUCAUUGGCAUGUUAAAUCAGUUAAAUGGUAAUUAUAUUAGUAUGCAGCCAUGAUAGCGAAAUCAAUUUUUAUGAAUGACAUAUUAAUGACUUUAGUUAGCCAGGUAAUAAGUGGUCAGGGGUAGAUAUCAAAAUUGGAAUCUAGACCCUGACACAAAGAAGAAAGGUCUGUUCUCACCUUAGUCUGAAGGGACUCUAGUGUUUCGAAACUACUGCUUCUGCUCUGCAUGAUCUAAUACCUGUUGAUUAGUGGCAUGCAAAGGGGCAGAAAGAAGGGCUUCUUUACUCCAGCAGGGUCAUCCUGGAUACAGGGGUGGCAGUAGCUCAGGAAGUAAAGUGGUUGUCCAAUAAUUGGAAGAUGGCGGUUCGGUUCCCCCCUAUCCCUAGUCUGUCUGUUGUGUCCUUGGGCAAGACACUUAACCAACCUUGCUCCUAGUGUGUGUCCUUCACUGUCCUCCACUGGUGUAUGAUUGUGAGUGUUGUAGGCGAAAAACUGACAGCCACGUUUCUGUCAGUCUACCCCAGGGCAGCUGUGACAACUCAGGAAGUUUAUCACCACCAGGGUGUGACUGUGUGAGUGAAUGAAUGAUGUAUCCAAUGUAAAGCGCUUUGAGGAACACUGGUAAAAGCGUUAUAUGGAAUCUGAGACAUCAUUAUUAUUGUUAUUUAAACCCAAACUACUGCAUUUCAGACUGUCCUCUAUUUAUGCAGUUGGAGAAAAAAACACUUCACUACCCUUGGGUUUGUUAAGAACAACCACCCUGUGAAUGUGGCCCUUUCUGUAAUUAAAACUGAUGAAAUUCACUCUUUGAAACCGUCAUUAAAAAUGGAUGAGCUCAGUCAUUUUUACCAACAUCAGUCUGCACCUUUGCAUAUUCUGUGUUGCCCUUUGAAGCCUUGAAGCAUUAAAGUGAUUUCAUGUCAGACUGUCUUAAUGGCCCCUCUUGUUUACAUCAGUGUUGUGUCGUUGAAGAAAUUGCAUUAUACCUGCAGCACUGACCACAAUAUUUUUUUAGCAUAAAAGGAAAGGAGUCAUGGACCUGCUUGCCUGCAUGACAACAAGCCACCCAUCAGGUCUCAGACCACUUCAGAGAUUGACUGAAUGUAGCAUUCAAUCAAUGACUGAGGGCUGAUUCCCAGUGCGCUUACUUACUUUAACUGCAUAAAGAGAGGUGAGUCAGAGUUUGGAUCUUAACAUCAGACAGAGCAGGUCCUCAGUGCUGGUAUUACACACAGAAACUAUUUUAGACUUCAGAAAUACUCAAAGGAGAAAAUAAGAUUUCGGUGAAUUCUGCUUGUUCAGUCGUGACAGCAACAUAUGCCUGCAGUUAUUUUGUGUUUUAUGGACUGUUAUUUUCCCGUCUUUGUAAAGAUCAUAUACUGCAUUUCCUAUGACACUUGAGCAUAGUCACCACAAAGUCACCCAAACUGUGAAUAUAGAGGAGCCCAGAGACUAGUUGUCAGCCAAUGAUAUAGGGCCAGCCUGCUGAGAAAAGAAAACCUUAGUUCUCUGUCACUGAGACUCAGAUUGAAAGGCUGAUUUGGCAGUCAAAAAAACAGGUUUUAAGAAAUUCACUUAAAGAUAAAGAUGGACAUGUGCAUCCUCAGAGUGAGUUCAUUGUUGAACACAGCCUUUUUUUUUUUGUAGGUUGCCAUCGUUGCAAACUGUAUAGUUUUAUCUAUGCUCUUUGCAGGAAACACUCAACAGACCCUUUUUUGGAGUGUUAUUCCCAAAGGAAUACCAAAAUUAUGCACUUUACAUUAACAAUUAGCAUCACACAUUGGCUAAAAAGACUUGAAAACAGUGACCAAUAUAGUGACCCACAGAAUCAACAGAUCUGCAAAAAUCCAUGCAAUCUCCAACCUGCAGCAAAUCUAGAAAGAAGCAGAUUCAGUUGUCCAGAGUCCGAAACAAAUAUCAUGGCAGAAACAAAACUUUAAUAAUAACAAAUGAGCUGAAACUACAUAGCAGAGCAAAGUUAAAGACACCAGAAAACAAAUUGGAAAUAUAACUGCUGGUAAUCUAGACUUUACAAUGAAUGUGCUUUAUGCCAGCAGGGGGCAUGCAGGGGGGUUGAAAUUAAAACAUGGUAUGUGGUAAGUGGUACGGUCACAAAGCUAUGCUUAUGCACUGUAGUGUGGUCAGGUCCAUAGAGACACUUCCUCACUCUUCUGUGAAUAAUAAUUAGUUUAACUUAGCGCCCCCUAGAAGCCUGGAGUACUUUCAGUGUCAUGUCUGGAUUCACAUUGUUUACCUUUGUGUUUGUUUUUGGAUUUCCAUCAUUUAUUGCACUGACAGUGGGUUUUAAAUGGUAAAUGGGAAUAUUUAGCAGAAUAUAGUGGUUGAUUCUAGGUUGAAAUGCUCUCUUUUUCACCCCUCCUGUCGGUGAAACUCAAAAAGAAAUGAUGACCUUCCAGAACUGUAAUGCAUGAUAAGAGUGAUCUCCUUUGAAUAAGCGUAUGAAUGUGCAUUGUAUUUGCAGCACUGGUUACCUAAUGAAGAUUAUUUGGUUCAUUAGAGAUUAGUUGACCUUGUUGGGAUUGUCGACUGAAACCAUGAACUUCUAAUGAGGACUUUACUAAGGUGGUAAAUAACCUGAGACGCAGGUGAAUCUUCACCACAUUCAGAUUUAAUCACAGAUUUCUCUACUAUCUAAACUAUUGGAAAAAAUACAAGCUCAAGGCAUUAGCAUCAUUUUUGUGACCACGUUCCUUUGCCCUUAUCAUUGCUGGUCAAGAUGCAGUCCACCAAUGCUAUGACAUAGCCUUAUUGUUCCCUUUCACAACAUUGCAGUCAUAUUUAGCAGUUCUGUAAGAGACUUGUGACCUUCUUCAAAUGGAAACUGUUGUACAUUAAGAACACAAUUAACACUGACAGGCAUUGGCUGUGGAGUUGACAUGAAUAAUCCAGUUAAUUUGCUGGAUGAUUCAGGAUACUGUUUAAUUCCUGAUUGUGCUGGGGCUGGUAUUGACUGAAUGCUGUGUGGAUGUAAGGGGGCAUGACAAGCUGAUAGUGCAAAGUGAGCAAUAUUUCAGCUUAAUUGGCUGUAGAGCACUUCAUUGACAAACUCAACUUCUUCAAUAAUGAGCAGAGAAAGUUUCCUCCCUGUAUGUAUAAUUAAUAAAACUAGGUUAGACUUAGAGGAGCUGACAGGCAAAGCCUUAUUAAGUCAUAACUACAAUGAAUAAGAAAUUAUAUUUCAUAUUAAAGUAAAACUAUCAGGAUUGGGAGCAUAUGCAACAAAAUUUUCAACGGUAAUGUUAAUCUUUUUUUCUUCAAGGCUUUUAUUAACAUUCAGUUUGCCAACAUUGAGGCCAGGGAUGGUUUCUUGUUUCAGGGUUUUAGGCUAUGCAAAAAUGUAUGAAUAUUUAAACAGCUAACAAGGAGAGACCAAUAUUUACUUGUGGAAACAUCAUUUCUAUGUCAUUUUUUACUGUUUAAAGUGUUGACUUAAACACCCUUUUUACUUCUAUUUGUUCAAUCAGAAACCACAGCUUUUAAACAAAGUGAUUAACAGCAAACAGGGUUGUAAAAGACAUCUUAAGGGGCCUGUGACCGUUACUACCUUUUUUGUGUUGGCAGUGCUACUGACCUCAAUUUUAGCAUGCCUCUCAUGCUGUCUUACUGAUCAGGGACAUAGUGGGCAGGGUUACACCAUCUGCCCACUACAUUCCCACACUACAAAUUUAUAAUAAUAAUGAUAAUAAUAAUAAUAAUUAUUAUUAUUAUCAUUAUUAUUAUUAUUAUUAUUAUUAGUAGUAGUAUUAUUGUUAUUAUUGUUGUUGUUGUUGUUAUUAUUAUUGUUAUUAUUAUUAUUAUUAUUAUUAUUAUUAUUAUUAUUGUUAUUAUUGUUGUUGUUGUUGUUGUUGUUGUUGUUGUUGUUGUUGUUGUUGUUAUUACUAUUAUAAUUAUUAUUAUUAUCAUCAUCAUACAGGGUGGCGGGAGAUGAGCCAGUUCUGUUGUCAGGGCUCGGAGAUAUGCUCAAACUGGCAUCCACAAGAGAAUGUGUGGCGUCCACAUAACUACAUACUGUCUUUUUUUGAAGAAUGCAGAUAUUUUUAAUUGGGAUGCUGAGCGUACGGGGACAGUUUGGUGCUCCAUGACCAUUUUUUAUUUUUUAUUUUUUCUUUUGGUGGCAGCAAACAUGAUGGAGAGGGGCCAGAACCCCUGUUUGUCAAAACCAUGCUGUGCAAAACGGGCGGGGUAUGAGUGGAAAGCAUUCAUGACCAGAAUAUCAGAAAUACCAGAAUCAGUGGUGCUGACGUGCUCCGCCUCUGAACUACAUGAUGCGGCAUGUCAGCACACAUGCAUGUUGUGAGAUAGGAGCAAGCAGAGUGCCCCACUGAUUGCAGAGGAACUGAGAAAUACAUUUUUCUUGAAAGUAAUGAAAGGAUUGCGAGCUUUAGAGUCUGAAAUUGUGCCAAUUAUAUUUUAUGGGCCAUUUUGAUUAAAAUAAAAAUUAAACCUUUUCAUUAAUCUCAGGCUCUAAUUUCUGAGUUGGGAUCUCAUUGGCAGGGCGGGGGUAUUCGUUGGUAGAACAAGGUGCCCUGCCAAAUACACUAUAGGGCAAACACUGAUGCAGCAAUGAUCUCCAGACACUGGGGUGGAUUUGGGCUUUGGAUGCCAAGCACUAAAAAUGCCUAAUAAAGUAAGUUAUAGAGAAAAAAUAAGUUCUGCUACUCCUGCAAAAAAUGCUGUCAGUGGACACAGGCCCUUAAUAUCUACAAUUGUUAUUACUGCUGAUAGCCAGGAGAACUUUGCCCUUGUAAAUUGUUCUCAAACCUGCAUUUGUAUUUCUGUUCAGGAGACGACAAUAAUAAAGAAAAGCAUUGCAAGUGCAAACAACCAAGAAAUUACACCUCUUUUAAAGAAUAACAGACUUUCUAACAUUUUUCUAUAUAAUUCAUUUAUUGAACAGAGAUGAAAGAUUUCUUUUGUGUUUUCAUUGCCAUAAGGAAAGCUCAGCUGCAUUGGUACUUUAGUCAUUUUUUGUAGAAUCACCAAGUGCCUCAUUUUCUUGGAAAUAAAAUUUUAAUGCGAGUUUUGCAGUUAAUGCUCCAGCAGUUUUAGGAUUUGAUUUGUGGGCCAGUUUAAACAGGAUUAUGUAAAUGAUGAUUUCCUAAGGCCAAUUCUCUACUCACCCAGGUACCUGCACUCCCACCACCAUGUUUCAGAACUCAGAUUAUGUAUUUACAUCAAACUGGAUCUCACAACUUGAUGUUAGGAAAGGCAGAGGCUUCAAGUUUGGGUUGCAACAUAAAUUAAGGCUAUAACUAUUUUACUUUUUGUCGCAGAUGUCUCUGAAAACGAUUAUGCAAAAAGAGGAUCUGAACUGUCCAUGGAUGAGAAGUCCACUUACAAAGGGUUAAAGAGCCUGCCGUGGUAAAGCUGGAAAUUAGAGCAAAGCAGGGAGAUCCAUAUAUAAGUGUACUUACACUACCAUAUAAACUGUACCAUCCACACUGAUUUGCCUGAAGUAAAAUUACAUAUUUUUAUGUCAUAACUCAGAGAUUCAGACUUCAGUGGGCUUAUGAAGGCAGUAAAUGUUCUAUUCUCCUCUGUGCAGUGCAGCUUAGGGAACUGCCUGGGAUAGCAUGAAAGGCAGAAACAGCUGCUUUUAUCCACAAAAGGCUGCGACAUGAACCCAGGAGGACGUUUUUUUUUUCUUUUUUUUUUUUUUUGUGGUGCCUGGUUUCCUGCCUCUGCAUCCAUGAGCACGGAGUGGCUGAGGGGUCUGAGGAAGCCUGGAAAAGUCCCUGAUGAGCGAGAGAAUAAUCUGAGCAUAUGAGAGCAGCAGCAACUCCCCUCAAAUCCCAUUUCACAGUGGCAAAAAAAAAUGAAUAUUCUCUGCAAAAGAAGAAACGAAGACGUUUAAUGCAACCUGACAGGCGAGUCAUCCAGUCAGGGGCGAAAGUUUCCAGCACACCUUGAGGAUUGAGCUAAUGCAGUACGCUCUACCUGUUUCCUGCAGCAGCGCGUCCCUAUAGACAAUGGACGCCUCGUCUGACUUAACAGCAUGUCGUACUGAGGGAGUCACCAGGGUGCCUCAUGCAGUGAAGCAGUAUUAUUUCAGCACACAGGGAGAAUAUAACAGCUUCUACUGCCGACCACAUGGUCUGCUACUCUAAGCACAGACGUCACUGUGUGGUUGAGUGGCGAGUUUGUAUUUCCAGCCAGACCAUCUUGUUCCCAUAACAGUUUUAUUUGAAGAGGUCACUUGUUGGAUGUCGGACAUUUUUGUUUGGUUUAUUUUUCAUGACGUAUUCACACACAUAUUAUUGGAGGAUUUUGCGUCAUAUAGAAACGACUGCUAGGAUGGUUACAUAAAAGCCUGCUUCAACUUUACCUUCACCUGUUAAGGUUGACUGAAGGCAUUUUAUGGCAACUAUACCUUGAAAUGGCUAUAAAAACCUUAAUAAGGAACCAAUGGGUGACACCUCAAGACUAUCUCAUGUUUUAAAUGCUCUAUUGUGUGUGAAAAACUAAUUUGUAACAUACAUUGUGGACAUUAAAUUCAACAGCUUUAGGAGAAACACAUGGUUGUGAUUUGAUGGUAGAUUUGAUUGUCCCUGAACCAGAAGGUGAGGGAUUUGAUCCCAGCUCCUACAGUCACGUGCUUCAGCGUCCUGAACCCAAAAUGCUCCCUGUGACAUAGUCAGGGUAUGCAUAUAAAUGAGGUUAGUUAAUAUGGGUAGUCUUCCUCUAUAGCAGCCUUUGCCAUCAGUGUUUAAAUGUGGUGUGAAUGAGUGAAUGUUACCAGUGGUGCGAAAGCACUGUGUUGAAAAGGAUGAGAAAACAGUAAGACAUGCACGUCUGUUCAUCUUUUGCAGUAAAAACAUCCUCCCUUAUUUCAUUCUUGAAUAAAAGAUUUAUAAAUCAGGAAAGGAAAAUGUGAAUUCUGAUGCAAUCGAACUUUAGCAAGUUGAAAUGAUGUCUUUGACAUUCAGACAUGAUUUUCUUUUUUCAAUCACAUUUCAUCUCAGGACCCUUCUUUGCUGUUCAUCGAGCCGUGUCUUGUUAGAGCUGUUUCUUUUAUUGCAUGUAGUUUUCAUGUUCGGCUUCCCAGAUUAGGUGAAAAUCAACUAAAAGACUGUCAACCAGGGUUGUGAUGAAAGAUUUGUGAAGGCAGAUUUUAAGUUACCGCCAAGUAUUCAGAAUUCAAGAGAAGAGGCUGCGAUUAUGUAUUUGUAUUUGUGAUUCAUUUUCAUUAGACUCAUGAGCAAUGAAAAGAUUAUUAUUUUCUGACCAAAAACAGCCAUUUUUCCUUCUUUAAAUCAUGAAAUAUGUUACUCAGUGUGAAUUUUUGCUGUUGAAAACCAAAGAAAAAGCUUCAGUGUGCGGCUAAUCGCCUGGUCUGACACCAGUUUCUUAACAGCGUUUCAGGCAUUGCAAGUGUUCAUUUGGUUGAUUAUGGUCUCAUUGCUUUAGUAGAUCAUAAAGAGGCAUUACUGUCAGUUUUAAUCUGUUUCACAACCAGUAAAAAAAACUCCUCACGGUGGAUUUAUUGUGCUGUAGGCUGAAAUAAUGAUCAAUGUAAUGAUGUUUUUUGUCAGUCUGAAGGUGCUGUGCGGCCUGUUAAUGUCUGUGAAGCAAAAACAAAAUGACUGAAAAAGAUAUGUUCAAUUAGAUUCACAGUUGAUGAAAAAAGAAAACUGAAAGAUAGAAUUUUUAAUUCCUGCCAGCUUGAAGCUUCUGAAUAUUUCUGCCCAUGUGGCCUGUUUUUAAAAACUAAAAAAGUUCUGGCUUGAAUGACUGAUUUGUUUUGAGCUUUGAAAGUUUGAGCUGAAGUAAACUGGGUUGAUGUUGAAACUAAAAAUUGACAGACAGAUGCUACAAAGCUGAAAGAGAUCACUGCCAUUGGUAUCCAUCAAAUAAAUCCUUGUACUGGUCUUCUAAGUAGGCACUUUGUUAGUCUAGGUUUUUGAAGCCUCCAGUCCAACAUCUUUUAUGUGCACACAUAUCAGUAACUCAACCUUAAAGUAUGUUGAGGUCACAAAUCUGUAAUUUGUUUAAAUCUCUGGCUGAAAUGUCAAUCUGCCCUUUUCCAUCUGUUGUGUUGAACCCUCAAACAUGGAUGAUCUUAUUUGAAUCACGGUGACGCAUAAUUGGUCCAACCCCUCAAGCAGGAGUUGGACCAAUUAGCAGAUUAAACAGGGUUAAAUGCUUUGAUUUAUAACUAAGAUUGGCAGAAUUAGACAGCAGAUAAAACCACAUGCUAAUUCAAGUCUAUGUGGCUGACUAAGUUUAUCCACGUGCCUAAGCCUGUUUGGAGGUUUACACAACUCAGUGUAAUGUGUUUACACUCUCUUGAUGGAAGGAUAUUUAACCAAAUUGCUCCCUGUGUGGGUCCAGAACACACGUGUUUGUUUCCCUCGCUAAAGCUCAGGCUUCACGGCGUGACAGCGACUGCAGGGACGUCUCAGCAAAGAAACCAUUGGGGAGUGGGAAUCAAUGAAAGAAGAACGGGUGGAAGCUGCUGAGUGGGAGGACGAAGGGAGAAAGAGGAGGGAGACUGGGGUCCACAGAGAGUGUUACUCAGCUCUCUGCGGGGGUUAUGUUCAAGUGAAUUAAUCUGUUGUGAAAUGUGAAAGUGCUGCAUGGACUGAUGUGUGUGCACAUUGGAGAUUGGGAAUAAAAGUGUGGGGGGGGUGGAGACGUUGGUGGAUCGUGGGGCCGAUGGGGGGUGGGGCGGGGCCUCUGUGGGGAGGCCAUGUCAUGAAACAGGAUCUGAAAAGGCGAAUUCCCCCACAGGGUUCGACUGCUGCCCUGUCACCCCUGUAUUACUCUGUCUGAGCUCUGCCUCUACGCCUACGCAUCCAACAUCCAACUCAAGACACAUCAGCUUCACCUGCUGCAGGCCAUAUAACGUACACUAUAUAGUGCAGUUAUAUACAGUACAGACACACAGUAAAGGCCAUGCAGCUGUAGCUGGGGUCAGAUGUGCUGUUUUUACUCUUUCCACUUGGCAUUUCUCAGAGUCUUGAAGCUUAUGGAACUGGAAGUGGCUCAUAAGUGAUCAAUUUCAUGUUAUUGUAGUUUUGAUGACAGAUUCAUCAUCCAGCAGAAAUAAGUCAAUUUAACACCAACCUGCUGGCCGACAUGUACCAAAAAAGCACAAUUAAAAAUGUUAAAAAAGACUCUACUUAUCUGUAAUUAUUCAGAUUAAACUAAACAUUUCGAUUGAUGUGAAGUCAGACAAGGUUAAUGGGACCACAUGAACUGUGGCAGCAGGUAAUUGAGGUUUUCUGCUUUGUAACCAGCAAAUCUGCCGACAGUUUCUUUUCCUUUUAUUAGUUUUUUAAUCAGGGUUAAACUCUGCCCUGAUGUCUGUUUUGAGUUUUUCUUCAUGCGCCCUAAUUUUGUUAAAUUCUUUGUCAUCCUGCUUUUCGUGCCUUUUGCUUUCUUCUGUAUUUGUGUUUUGUGGCCAUUGUUUUCUUCUUCUUCUAAUCUUUGUCAGCUAACUUUGAGGAUACUGUUGAACCGGGUAAUCCUUUCUUCUCAGUCCAAUCAUUAGCAAUGAAAUGUUGGGGAUAUUCUUGAAGUCAGUUUGACUGUGCUUGGUGCAGCAACAGCAACUUCCUGUUCUCUCAAACAUUUGCUAUCUAUCUCUGCUGGGACAGUGUGUAAACAUGUGAAUAUUUGGAAAUAUCUGGCAGUCUGAUUCAGAUUAAAAUCCUCAAUUGCUCACCCUACAUUAGUGAAGUGAUGGUGGCCUGCAAGGACAAGAAACCCCCUAUGAUACACGAUAACUAUAAUCCUUCAUUUGUCAAAUUGUACCAUCUAAAAGUCUGUCAGUGACAUACUUCUACACUGAAAAACCUCCCCUCUUAUUUGCAAUACGAAAACACACGAGUCUCCAGUCCCCAGUGUUUGAAUCCAAAUUGAGUUUGAGUCCCCAUAGAAGAAACAAAACUAAGUCCAAGUCUAGUCCCUGUGCCUUAAUGAUUUAAAGGCCAAACCAUUCUUUUAAAGUGGUGCAUGAACCUCAACUUACUGUGUGGGUCCUUUUGUGUGUGUAGAAAACACAUUUCAUUUAUUACUAAUAGAAUCUGACUGAGCCCAUUUGCAUGACUCAAGAAUUCAUUAAUGAUGUUACAGGGCUGUGCAGCUCUCUUAAUGGGGAGACACUUAUUUCCACUGAAGUGAGAUCACUGUGGGAGUCUACUUAAGUCAGAAAUACCUGCAACCAUCUACUGCUGGCCGCUGGUUGGCCUAACACUUAAAGAAAGCAUGUACCAAUGAGAUCUGACACUGUAAUCCUUGUUAAAGUAAGUGCUUGUUCAACUCCUGGUCAUGACUCUUUGCUGCAGAUCAUACCCGACUCUCUUCAAGACAUCUUUGACCCAUAAGACCCACUUAAGAGGAUGCUUGUCACAACAGAAAUGUGAAUAACGGCCGAAAUGACUUCAAAUAUCUGCUAAUUUUUAUUCAUUCUGAUCUACUUUUGAGUAACCACUUUUUCUGCGUUUGUUGCAAAUGCCAAGGAUGGGGAUCUUUGGGAUUUGCUGUUGCUGAAUCGGGUUUAUUUCAUACUUUAUCAUUUUAAGGUAAAAUUUAGGGUCCAAAUCAACACCCCCAAUAAACUAGGGGUGAGUGGCUCAAUUUUUAAGGCUCGGUGUGACAGAUUUUUUGUCCAAAUAAUCAGCAAGGAUGUGAUGUUCGCUGUACCUGAGGGAGAUCGACCCUUCAUGAUCUAGGAUAGAAAUAUCAAACAUGUUUUCCCAUGAUUCAAGGUUGAACUGCAUCUGACUGAAAAACCUAAAUAAUCAAUGAGAGAAUCAGACUUUCACAGCUCGCAAACAUAGAAGCAAACGCUGUUUUUUCGUCAUCUAAAGUCGUCUAAUGUGGCGUUUGAGGAUUGUAAUGUUGAAAACCUUAUGUGGUGUGGUCUGUGAUAUCUUUAAAAAUCUGUAUUAGUCUUCUUAUGUGUGGCUACAAUAGGCCUUUAUUGCUAGAUAAACGCAAUGACUUCUUUCCAUUACUGCAGUCAAUGCUUGAGUCUGGGUCCAAGUCCAAAUCAUCACGCUUGAGCCUAAAGUGAGUUAUAAAGUCCUGAAAAACAGAGCGUGAGUGAGACUCAAGUUUUGUUAUGGACUCAACAACUGUGACCAGAAAUGUACUGUUUCUUUGUGCACCAGUGCAGCUUUUGCUGACAUGGUACGCUACUUCGAUAUCACUCUGAAGCAUCUGUCUGGCAAUGUAUCAGAUGGUUCAAAUGUUUGAUGAUGUUUUUGCAUUGGUUGUAGCCCUGUGUGACAGCCUUCCCCUCUGGAACCUCAUGAUUAACUCUCAAUAUCAUUCUCUAUCUCUGUCUCUGAAAUUGGUUUGUGAUUAAACAUUAAAAAUUCCUCCAUGCUGAUUAACAGGGCUCCCCGAGAGAUAGAAAUAUGUCUCAGCACAUGGAGAGGCCCAGAUUUCUCAGAUUACUUUUUACAACAUCCUAUUUAUGACUGAAACCAUCUAGGAUUGACUUGAUUCUGGCGUCACAUAAUAGUACACGGUCCCAUUUCUAAUCAAUAUAAGCUUGAUGCACCACAUGUCUUUAAGAUAAGAAUAAUGGCAAAGACCCUGAGAGUCUGUUUAAUAGAAGAGACCUUUUCUACUCAUCAAAAAGUUGAACCUUUCAGACACUUUGCUUUAACAUUUAAUGGACCUGCUGGCUCCCAGUUUUUCAAGUUCUGGCUGAUCUUGUCCUUUAUCAUUUAUGAUUGACUACAGUGUAUUUUACUCCCAGUGUUUCACUGCGUAUUUAUGCCGAGCCACCAAUCCACCAAUCCUGCGACGGCGGUUACAUUUUGGAUAACUAUCUUCAUCAAAGUGAAGUGAGGCAUCAGACAAUGGCUGCGUUUACAUAAGCACAAAUUAUUGGAAUAAACGCCUGAUUGAAAUAAAGUGCAUCAUGUAAACAUGUCUAUGGGAAGGUUCUGAUCCAGUUCGACUCAAUCGGAAAGAAAUUGAAUAUCGAUUAAGAGGGUUGGUAUAUGACGAUCAUUAUUCAGAAACAAGCUUAUUCUGAUCAUGACUCUCUUACCUGACUCGAUCUUCACUCUUUAACCUUUGGUUUAUUUAUUGAGGCCUGUACAGGAGGUUUCAUUAUUAACACUGUGGUAUAAAACACAACCACAGGUGCCGUGUCUGCUCCUCUACUCCUCUUGUAACAUAACAAGGUGUACAUACAGCGUAAUGAUGGUACAUCUGCACGCACAGUGCAACCUUGACAGAACAGUAAAAUAAGUAGGCUACGCAAGGGCCACAUUUAACAGAGGGGAAAAAAUCCUGAAUUGGAUAGAGUGAGCCACUACCGCGUUUGUUGGUUUGUUGACAGCACAGGCAUAAAUACAGUUCUUCUUCUGUGGUUGUUUUAGUGAAAUCAGACAACUCUGCGCAUGUCCAAAUGCUUCUAAUCUGAAUAAAGCUUGGUGCAUGUAUACGCGCGUCAUGAUCACAUUGUUUGAUUUUGCACCCAUAUAAACACUGGAUACAGAUUAUCAGAUCCCUCGAAUUUUUAAUUGGAUCAAGAAAUUCUGCCCAUGUAAAUGUGGCUAUGAAGUGUGCAUGCUGUGAAAAGAGGAUGAAAAGACAGAUGGGAAACAAAAAGAGAAAUAACAACUGGACAAGAUUCAAACAGGAGAAGGAGCAAACCUCGGCGUUCUUUAUUGUGAGGGGGCGAGGAUGGUGAUUGUGACAAAGGGAGACACACUGAUCAUUGCCUCAUGCUGGCACUCCCUUCCCACUGAGGUCAGGGACUUAUGGAGCGAUGACUUGGGACCAGCCAAUUAGCACAUUUAGAAGGUGUUGUUAUAAUCCAAAGUGACUGUGCAGAUAAUGCAGCUGCUGCAAGUGCCACAACAGAUCAGGCCCUUGGACAUCGCUAACUCAGCUGCCCAUGGUGACAUCUGACUGUUGCGCUUUUCGUUGGUUUAUUAGCUAGAUGUGUCGCAGGAUAACUUUAGAGCGUUUAUCACUCUGGCAGCUGGGUUUCAUUCCUCGUGUAAGUUUGAUCUUAUGACAGUAUGCAGCAGAUCCUAAAAUAACACAUCUUAUGCUUUGAAGUUUAUUUGCUCAAUCUUCUGUUACUGCAACAAGUAAUCAAUGUGUUAAUGCGGCUGCGUUUUGCAUCAGAGCAAGACUAACAAUGGCUGCAAAAAUCUUCAUUUAACAUUUGAAAGCUGAGAAAGAAGGUUUAUGUUUAAUGUUAGACAUCGCUUUGAUCGAUGAAUUAACUGAAAGGGCUUUUCUGUCUCUUCCCAAAUGUUUGCGAAGUAUAUCUUAGUGCUGAAGGUUAUCAGGAGCAAAAGCAGUAUUGUCUAUGUUGAGGCAGUUUGUGAUGUCUAUUCUUCACUGUAAUUUUGAGCUACGACAAGUGUGUUGGCUCCAAACUAACCAUCAAAACCACCAAAUUCCCUCGAAAACACAAACUAACAAUCUGAUAUUAUCAGCUUUUCAUCAGCAGCUGCUGUGUUUAGCAAGCUGGAAUCAUAUUGUUUGCCUCAGAUGGAUUCUGGAGGCUUUGAAGCAAGCAAUAUUAGGGAAGCAAUGUUACGGCUAUUUCUGGUUUUAAAAAGCAUCUUAUUCAGCAGGAAGCUCUCUCUCUCUGUUAGACUCUGAAUUUUGUCAGACACUUAGAAUGAUAAUCUGAAACCAUUACUGGCAAAAACAAGCAGUUUAAGUGCACAUCUGGGAUUAUGUUGCAGCCAAUUUUGCUUAUCUUGGAAGCAGCUGUCUGAGGCAAUAAAAAAAUGUGUUAUUCACGGAUCAACAAUCUGUGAAAACCGGAUAAACAUACAGAAUGACCAUGCCAGUUAAAAAUAACAAGCAUUUAAUCUCUCUGCAUCUCCAAUUCAAGGUGCUAAAUUUAUGCCCCUACAACGUCUCACCUUCAAUCUAAGUCACAGAGGCAAGGAAAGAGAGUCAACCCACUGCUCUGCCCACGGUGGAGAUACAUGGAGGUAUGGAUGGGAGCAAUAACUGAUGUGUACCAAGAUACACAGUGAAUAAGGUGAGCAGGUGGUAUGCAGGGGUCCGUGGAUGCAAUUUUGGAAUGAAAUAGGAUGCACUGGUUAUUAUAUGUCUGCAUUGGUAAAAUCCAAUUAUUUGAAGAGUUUUUCAAUGCAUAUAAAGUGAUGUACUGUACAGGCAAUUAAAAGAGGAAACACUCGUACAGGUCCUCUGGAAAUAAAUUGAACUGCACCAUGAUUCAGGUGUAAAUCAUAUGAUGUAUGAUUGAGUAUUGAGUAUUGAGAAAGGCAACUAUAAAUAAAAUGUAUUAUUAUUAUUAUUAUUAUUAAUUUGAAACUGCUCACUGGGGCACCAAUAUCAUAUUUUGUGAGAAAUGCUCAAACUAGAAUGGUGUGUUGCUAUUGAAGCUUGUAAAAGGUGUUAUUACGCACUCAAAAUAUUCAAAAAAGCGCUUUUAUUUGAAGAUUAAAGCCCUUAGGUGGCGUGUAAUGCUAUUGUUAAGCAAUUUUUAAAAGACCAGUAAUUGAUGGUAUGAAAAGUGAAGCUCAAAAUCACCUGUUCUGAGUAAGUUUGGUCCAGUUUCAGCCUGCUGAGGUGCUUCUGGUAUGCAUUAGCUUAAGGGAGGUCCACUCUACCCAGGCUGUCAGUCCAUCACAGUGCUAACACUCACAGACAGAAGCAAACAAUCACACCUACGGGCGGACCAAGUUUAACCUGCAUGUGUUAACUCUGUGGGCGCUUUAACACGACGAGGUGCGAGGUGACAGCGAGCUGUCAUUCCGUCACCUCCACCUUAUAAUUAAUGUGCUCCUCUUCUCGCUCUGCUGCUUUGUUAUGAGGCCACUCUCUCUGCUCAGAGACCACCUCUACUUUUUUUGCUGUUGUUUUGCACCAAACAUAAAAAACACAAAAAGCACUGUGAACUUUUGAUUCAGUGAUUUUGUAAUUUAGUUGGGAACAUGCAGUAACUUGGCAUGGCACAGGCCGUCUCCAGCUCAGUUGUGGGCACUCAGUGUAUCAUCCAGUUAUUCUUGAUUGGCAGCCAGGUGGGCAGGUGUGUCGGGUCUGUCAGCGUGCACUCUGGGAAAUUGUGCAGUGUGCUUCCAUCUGGGGAGAGAAGAACUCCACACUACAUAAAUAUGAGUAGUGUUUGUUUGUGUGUGUGUGUGAGUGUGUGUGUGCAUGCAUAGAGUGUGUGUUCAUGAGUUCUAGUGUACUGAAGCUUGCAGAUUUUGAGUCCUUUAGGAGUUCCUGAUCAUGCCACCCUGCACAUAACCAAGUUGUUAACAUUAGUAUCCCGUUUGAUUCUUAGAGGAUUGUGAGGGUCUUUCUUUGUGUGUUUUUUUUCUCUCUCUGUCAGGGCUCAGUGGAUAGUGGCAGGAUGGCAGGCUGGAGAACAUCUGCAGGUGAAGGUUUAGACAGCCAAAGUUAGAGAGUCUGGGGAUUUACGGAGAAGGAUAGAGUCAAAGAAGCAGCGUUUCAUCGUCAGACUGCAAAACACUGACACUGAACAUCAAAGAUGACUAGCUCUGCCAUGCUAGGAAAUCAGUCCUGUGAUUGUAGCACAGGUCGCUGUGCCUUUUUUUUUUUACCCUGUUUUUCCUCAAACCUGUAGUUCUUCCAUCCGGAGGUGGAUCCAGAUCAGAACCUUUUUUAGUGGGACUGGUUCACAUGAAAAUAUAAACCCAGCUGUUUCAUUGCCAAACCCCAUAUUUAACAUCAUAUUUAACCUGUAAAGCCCUUUGUAGGCGAGACACAACAUAAAAUAAAAGGAUGCUUGCGACUGUUUUUAACAAUGUGGGCAGGAGAGGCAAAGUGCAACAUUUUAAGACGUGUGUUAUGUCUAAUUUGACACAUUUGUAGUGGCAUUGAAUGAGUUGGAGAGCUGCUUCUGUUAGCAAUUCAAUUCUUGCACGGGACAGGAAAAAAAGCAACGGGAGCGGGCAGGAGCGGGAACAACAUUAAUAGAUGAUCAAAUUACGUGACCCGCAGGAAUUCCCAAAAAAUGUCAUCCUCUAAUCUGCUCCUGCUGUUUGGGUCUGCCAAAGAUUCACAGCGAUUUGAAUGCAGAAAUACUCAGAAAUGCAAUUUCACGCUUCUUUUUCUCAUGAUAUGUCCUCUAGUAUCAGAAAAAUGCCAUUUGAACAUGUGGACAACAAGAAAAACAUGAUUUUAAUCAGAGUAGGUCUUUAAAUUGUGGGUAAUAACCUCUAAACAUGUUGAGAGUCUUGAUUAGAAACACAUUGCACAGCCCAUCCCUGUGUCACAUGUCCACCGCAAACAGUGCAAAAUUGUGUGUGUGUGUGUGUGUGUGUGUGUGUGUGUGUGUGUGUGUGUGUGUGUGUGUGUGUGUGUUUAAGGCUUUGAUUCAUCAGAUUAUUUUGAUUUUGCUUUUUUGAAGAAGGAGACAUCUGUGGAUAUCUCUGCUUCUUACACAAAGCGCUUAAAAAAGUGAAAACUGAUGUAAGAAAUCACAGCCUGCAAGAUGAUGCUCCUGCAUUGUCUGUGUACCAUGACGCAGCUUAUAAAACACCGCAAUGGGGAUCAUUAUCUGUGGUCUUCAGGGACGGUCUUUUUUAUUUCACUGUUUUACCACAUCCCUCAUUUCAAAGGUUUCGUUUUGUCUUCAUUUUCGUCGCUGCACAGAGCUAUUUUUACAACACGCGCACACAUUCACAAAGCCACUUAUACAGUUUCACAGAUGAAAAAGCAUUUGUGAAUGUAAUGAGGGUCACAUAGGGCGACCCAGAUUGAUAAUGCAGUGUGCUAGAGGCAGAGUGCUGUCACUGCCGCCGUAACUAACAUGGCUUCCCCAUCCAAGACAGCAGCCUGCUAAAACAACAGACUGGGAGCCAUGUGAGUGAGACUUCAUGCAGCAUAGCAACAGUGUGGUAGGAGCCAGUUACUCCACCGCCUGAGCUGAUUUGACACAGCCAGGUGAAACAAGUUCUGAGAUUCAUUUGGAAGACUUUUUCUUGGCUUUCUGGCUCCUCUUUUUUUUGUACAAGCAUGUCUAGUCUGGAAGUUCAUUUCUGAGACUGUAAGGUAGAUUUACCAGCCUGCCUGGCGAAUCAGCCAGACAGGAUCUAGAUGUGGAUUUGGACACUAAAUGCAAAGUACUUCAACAAAUUAUGUCAAUUUUGUUCCAGGUCUGCAGGUUUUGUCGUUUGGAAAGACAGUGCUCUGUGACUGUAUGAAAGAGGGGGUGGUGCAUAAUUCAAGGUGGCGCCUCAUGUUUGUGACAGGUGAUAGCCUAAUACGAAAAACACCAUGAAGCGGGAUCUCAAUUUGUUCAGGUCCUGGGCUGAAAAGGGGCUGACACAGUCAGAAAGCACAUUACAUUGUACGAUGGAGGAAAGACUCAACGGCAAGGUUGAGAUGCAAGUCAUGUCUUGUGGAUAAUCAGUGGAUUUAGCUCUAUAGAGAUCUGGCAUUGUUUGAUCCAUGUUGAGUUUGGAGAAACCUCCACUCUAUAGUCUGCAGUUCCUUGAGCUAGCCAGGGGAUAUGUUAUCCUUUCCCACCUUCUGUCAUUUUGAUAUAUAGAGUCAUAAAAAAUUCACUCAUAAUGUAUUACUCCCAUCACUGUAUUUUUCAUUUCUCUAGUGAUAACGGGACAUAAUCUGUGGCCAUCAUUUGAUCGGUGUCUACAAAUCCCAUCUCUUGUUCAGCCUUCUUUCUGUGACAUGGUAUUAAACUGUCUAGUCAAUAAUAGUUUACUUUUGCAAACUAAUCCUUUUCAAACCACUCAGUUAAUGUGCAGCACUUAUGUUUGCACAUGCAUGCAUAGCUGAAUGGCUUGCACCACUGUUGGUUGAUAAUUCAAGUACUUUAAGGAUGUUCUCAACAUAGCCACAGAGUUUAUCACCACAUUCACUCACACUAUUGGUUACAAUUCAGCAAGCACGUCUUUCAUACAACAGUGAAAACACAUAAUUGUAGGAUAGUUAACAUAAUUUUGUGUUUGUGAGGACAUGGAGGAGACUUCUUCUACUCAUUUUCAUCUUUCAUAUUGACAGUCUUGGACACCAGAGUUGCUUUGCAUGAUUUGCAAUGCAAAAGACUUCAGUACUGCCAUCUGUGACAACCUUAGUUCAGCAUGGUUCAGCCUUUGCCUGAAAUGCCUACUUUUGGCUGCUUUUCCCUAUAUAAAGUCAGAGCUUGUGGGUGUUACUUUUAACACAGCUUUGUAGGCAUCAAAAAUAAUCCUCAAGUUAAGCCUUUGUGGAAAGCGUUAGCUCUCUUUUCUAUGUUGGCUACUGUAUUGUUGCCUGCUGUUGCAAUCUUAUUUACAGCUUGUGGUCCUGAGCCUUCAUGGAGGGUCUUUCUGGAAGAGACAGCCCCAGGUUUCAGUAACAAUUGAGUUGCAAAUCCAGCUUUUACUGGCCUUUGUUUUCAAAAGGCCUAUCAGUGUAGUGGUGAGUGCAAACAGCGACAGUGUAGCUGCUCUUGUUUUACUGAAAAAAAAACACAAAAAAAAACAUAAAAACUGCCCACUCUCUUCUGGUGCCUUUGUCUUUGAUAAGACAAACAGCUUUCAGAGAAAUACUGCAUAAACAAAGUGUAGAGGGAAAGAAAAGUCAAGGAGUGAAAUAGAUUUUCCAGACACAGGGAAAAACGUGACAGGCAGUUCUUUGACUGGGCUGCCAGGCGGGCACGUCUUUGAAUGUUGUCCGAGCAGAUCCUGGUGUCAGGUUCAGGUUCAGGCCAAGUCCUGCAAAGAGGGUGAAUCAGCGAAUACGGACAUCCAACAUUGUAGCACAGUGCUGUAUGUGUUAAGAUAUGGAUCAACAUAACACCUCUCUUUAAACAGUGUCACUUGAAACCAUCAGGAAAUAGUUUAUAAAAUUUAAAUUCUGCUAAAAAGUCUGAAACAAUAUUACUAACAAGACAGCAGCUGACUGCUAACAUUAGCUAAUCUUAAGAUAGUGACCUAGUUAUCACAUCUAGCAGUUUAACUUGAAAAAGUGCCAAAUACCCCCAUGGAUUUUCAUUGCCAAUGGUGUUGGUAACUCUUUGUUAAAUUCCCUAAGCUCAUAUGCAUUCUUCUCCAUAGGCUAGCGGUACACUAUCCUCUCUCUGAUGGCAGCUUUAAAGCUCCCGGAGGAGAGUGGAGACGGUGUAUGGCUCUGGAUUUUUUUAGACUCCUUCCAUAAAGUUGAAAGACUGUGACUCCCUACAGCACACAAAGCUGUAAUGGGUUGCAUGUAGGAUCAUUAUCAUCAAUAAAUAAUCACAUUCAUCUGAGACAUUUCUAUAAUUAACACAUACAAAUGAGGCCUUUACCAAGAAGGGACCCACAGGGGGAGCUUUAACAGGAAAGCCACUGGAUGCUUUGAUGAGACAAGGAGAUUUCUUCCCGUUACCAAACUUGACCUGGAUGAGGAGCGGAAGAAAUGGGAACAAUGGCACAAGGAAGAAACUAACAACUAUCAUCAAACAACUCCGUUUUUUAAUGUUUUUUUUUUUUAGCAAUGAAGGUAUCAGCGCUUAUUAGAGCUGCAUUUCACUCAUAAGAUGAAUGAAUGGUGAAUGUGUGGGUAUGUGCCUAUGCUACGUGAUAAUAAUCGGGCUCUGCUUGUCACAUAUUUCUGCAGUGACUGAGGGGGACUCUGUCAGGAUGUACAGAUGAAUGUUUUCUGCCUCUGCACAUGGCCCGAUCUGUCUCGCUGCAGCCCCGUCUUGCAUCAUGGCACGUGCCCCGGGGCUCCCUCUCUACAGCGGGCGUUCUCUAUUUAGAGCUUGAUUUAUACACAAACACAUGCGCGCGCACACAGACGCACACACACCACCGGGGAGAGGCGCAAUGACUGUUCUUUUCCCCUGCCGCAAUUGCCAGCAAUAUAAUCAUCUUCCCACACUUCAAUGUGCCUUUAAGGAUAGCAUUCAGAAAGAACGGGGGGGAAAGAAAUACCAUGAAAGCAAACAGUAAUUCCACUGGUGUGAGUGAACAGAAAAACAGCAAGACGGAUGUUUUCACAGACUUCAUACUUGGUCAUUUCAGUGUAAUUUCAGAUUUAAAAGCAUUUUUUGUGCUUUUGUUGUUUUGUUUUUUUCUAGUCCCAUGUUCAUAUUUUAAUCUUUUCUUUCACUCAGCAUGUUCUCAAGACCUACUGUGGAACUCAAUCGACGCCCCACAGACUGUGAAUAGUUUGUUUCUCGCUAAGGCAAAGUCACCUGGUAAAAAGCACAGCAGGAGCAGAAACAAAAAUAAUUUAUCUUCUUCUUCUUCUUCUUUUUUCUCCUUGUCUUUGUUCUCAGGUUGUUAGAGAAUUCCUUGCUCAACGCAGAAGUGAAGGAAGGAGAGAUUCUGCCUCCCACCAUCCAGAGGCUGAUGAAAGGAUAUAACAAGUACCUCAGGCCUUUCUUUGACAGUAAGGAAAACUGCAAACAUAUGCAGCCGUGGAAAAGGCACAGCACUCGAGGGACAUGUUGGUUUGACAGAGAACGAGCGGGGUUCAUACCGCCAUUUUAUCCCCGCUUGCCCCAUCUGAGCAAUAAACGCUGACAUACAUGCACAGUAAUUUACUGCAUAUGUGUAUUACAAGAUGAGGUUGGGUCAAGUUUAUCUCGGAAAUUACUUUGGUUGGCAGUAAAUGCACGAAGGCCAGUGGAAUAGUGCAUUAAAUACUAAUAUCUGUCCAAGCAUGAAUCAGUAGUUGGGGAGUCAAAAAUGUUAGUGGCUUCUGUGAUUCAGGCUCCAAUCUUCAGUAAACUGGUUACAGAGAUACAGAAUCCAUCUCAGGGUAUGUUGGUGUGUUAUUCCGCAGAACUGCUAUUGUUCUGAGUAUCCAUUAAAUUGGCUUUAUAGUUGUUUUUUGGUCCAAUCAAUGAGCCUCAUGUAUAGAGAUCCCAGAGGUGGUAAGUGCAAGUCCAGCUCACAGCUCUUAAACCAUAUUUUAUUCCGCACUCGCAUUUAAGUUUCUACUGUUCACUGAAAUUUGGCGUAAGAGCACAAAAUUAACUCUAAAAUGUGAUGCCUUGACUGAAAUAGUACCAGAGUAAAAGAAUAAGGAGAGAGGGCUAGAGAGCAUGCACAUAAAUUACACAAUCUGUUUAUGAAAAUGUGUUUGUAUAGAGGUUGAAGACAUGUUGGGUCCCUGAUUUCUUAUUUGGUCUGUCACUUAAAGUCUGAAACCCGGACAGUGGGACAACAAAAAGGCCUUGCAUGCACAGCAACAUAGCAGGUGUCCCGACCUUCUAUGCCUUAGAGAAAUUAGUAAUAUCCCAUGAUCAAUAAGAAGUCUUAUUACUUGCUAGUGUUUGCUUAAACAGAGGUCAUAUGGUCAGUACUAAUUUAAUUUCCUGAUGCUGCACUUCAAAAAUGUAUGAUUGAUUUAUGGCAGAGGCAACUAUAGAGAGAUAAAGAACAUUUAAAAACCUCUUAGCAGUAACAAAAGGCAUAAUAAAGAGCGUUUUCAAAAGAUAAAGUAAAGAGCUUUUUAGAAUAUUUAUUUUAUUUUAGUUUAUAUCCUGUGGCAUGGAGCUCACAGCCAACAGUCUAAGAAAAUAUUAAGAGACUCAGUAACAUUACCGUCCCUCUCCUCUGCUCUCUGUCAGUCUGGUCACCAAUGUUCACGAUACUCCAAAUAACUUAAUAACAUUUUUUUAAAAAAGGUAUCUGCCAAGUUGAAGGGUCCGUCUGUGCUGUGGUUGUGUAAGAGUUGUUUGUGAAGCAAAGGGCUGUUCAGAGAGAGACACGCACACACUGAGAAGGAUUAGGGGCAGCUGCGCUCUUAAAAACAUCUCUCUGCAUGUUUGUGCUGUGAUAUUGUUUUAAAAUUCUAACUGCUUUGUAACUAUCGGGAAAUAGCAUCUUUAUCUUAGUUUCAACACUUUCUUUGCACAAGCUAUCUCAGCUUAAUCUCUUCGCUGCUCAACCACUAUUGGUUUCUUCCUCCUGCUCACAGCAGCUUCAGAAGAUAGUUUACUGACCGAACAGCAUAAUAUAUACAGAGCAGAGGCUGUUAAGAUUACAGAAGAAGGAGCUAUUCGUUUCCUUAGCCGUGGCUUACUCAACUAGAAAUACAAUGCAGAUGAACGCUAUGGCGUAGAAUGAUCAUCGGAAGACAAAAAAGGAUGGGUCCAUGAACUGAGCCCUGGGGUACUCCAGCAUCACAUAUAUGCUAAACAACAAUCACCAUAAAUGAGGAAUUCUGAAUUUAAAAAAGUAAUUAUUAUGUAAACAAAACAGGUACCCCCCUUCCCCCAACUGAUGUGACUAUAAGUUAGUGCAAGGUGAGUCUUACUUAUUGUCAGUACCCUCCACUUGUCUGACAGCCCCAGGCAGAGUCUGACGAGACAUUUCUGAAGAGGAUUGUCCCCCUUUUGAGAAACUUAAUCAUUAUUUCUAAUGCCCAAGCAACCUUAAAGGAUUAGUUUGACCUUUGGGUAAUACACUUAUUAUGGUAUUAUUCAUAAGAUGAUUAAUGCCACCCCAGCAGUUUGAGGCUAAUAAGGAAGACAAAGCCAGCAGAUGGUUAGUGUAUCUUAGCAUAAAGGCUGGAAGCAAAAGCAAAAGAAAGUGUGCUCCCCAGAAUAUUAACAUUUUCCUUCUUGUCUUGACUCCGCUUCAAUAAAAGCAGCAGACAAAUAGUUUCAUUUUGAGUUUCUUUUCUGAGGAUUUACAUGUUGAGGACAAAGUUGUAAAGACGAAACAAAUGCAGGCUCAUGCAGAAUCGACAAUAUGACCACAUGUCUGUUAAUCUCUUUUAGAAAUGAGGCUCGAUAAGUGAGGGAGUAGAAGAAUGGGGAGAUGAGACAUAAGAGUGCAGCAAAGUUCCCCCCUCUUUGAUGGUGAAUCAGGGGGAACUAAUUCCCUAAAGGAGGUUCACACUAGACAGACUGCAGCUGUUAGUGUGCCAGUGAUGUGGGGUCUUUUUUUUUUUAAUUCUGUCCUUCAAUAACCUUUCUUCAAUAUGAAACCGCAUAUUCCAGUGCCUUAUCAGUAUGACACUGUAACACUCGGAGGCACAAAGAAUAGAUACUCAGAUAUUAUGUGUUGUAAGAAUUUAAAAUAGAUGGCACAUCGAGUAGUUUAUUGGUUUUGUCUGUGUUUCUAGAUGGCCCUGUGACAGUGGGGAUGAGCCUGGACAUCGCCAGCAUCGACACCAUCUCAGAGAUCAACAUGGUAAGACAGUAUUAUAUUUCCUAAUGAUGACCACAACCAUGUAAUGAUUGAUUAAACUGCUGGCUUUGGGCAAAGUUAAAUGCAAAUUGCAAAGGUCUGGUGAGUUCUGUCCAAAGCCCCGAAGCUUACUUCUCUCUUUCAGAGCCAAAAGAAAUCUUACUUUUAUUGCAAGAAAACUGCUAGUAUAACUAUCCUCAUGUAAAAACCCACCAGUUGUGAUUGUGUUGGGGUAAAAAGGUUUGAUAGUAAGAGACUGAGGAAAAAACACAAAGUGAUUUCUGGCAACAAUUUAAGUUACAAUGUGUUUGAAAGUAUUUAUGGUAUCAGCAAGAUAAGCAAUGCAUGAUCAUCGACAGAUCAGAUUCAUAGUCGCAUAAACAACCACAGUAUGAUGGUGAUAAAAGACUGAUAAUGUUGAUUAAAAUGGUUUGUUAUAAAAGAUAAACAGAUGGAUUACUAACCACUAUGAUGGUAAUAUGGUGAGACUGAUGUCAAUAUGUGAAGCAGUUGAAGUGAAGUCGAUCCACACAGAUUUAAAGUUAGCAGCUCACAGUAUUAUCAUGUGUGUACGUACUGAUCUUAGAAGGAGUGGGAAAGGGGGGCGUGCCUGCCUCUUGGAUCCUGACUGGCUCCACCUCACUUUCUACCUUUAGAGACUCAAGGUACCACAGAUAGGCCUAACCUCUGGAAGCAGGGGCAGACAUAUGAUGGUGCCUGACCAUUAAGAGCUUUGUGGAGCAAAAGAAGGAUUUUAAAGUCUAUUCUUGGUUUUAUCGGGAGCUUGUGCAGAGGUACAAAUAUUGAAGUGAUGUGAUCACUAGUUCUACUCAGCACAAUAGUCACUAUAAACCAACCCAGAGGUGGUUAAAGGACAAAUCCUUAUCAAAUGGGAAUCACAAAUUUCCUACAGUGACAAGGGAUGCCAUAAUGAGGCCUAUAAUCAGUCAUAUAAUCAGGAAAUGUAUUUUUGAGAUGUUUGGGUCAAGCACAAUUAUGACAGUUUCUAACGGCAGUAAGACCUUUUUAGUCAACUAGACCUGCUUAAAAUUUAGAUUGCUGGCUGGUUUAAUCUGGCCUCACAAAAAGUAAAACUAAUUAUCAUCUGUAAAACAACUAAACUUUUUGAGUUUUCCCUAUAAUAUUAACUGGAGGUAGCAUAGAGAGGGUGGAAAAAAAAGCUCUUCGUGCAGAACCUUGUGAAACUCCAUGACUUACUUUAGUGUGAGCUUCAUUAACGUGCAAAUGGGAAUCAAGCAAUUAGUUUGUUCUAAAUUGAUGUAAUGUAGUUCUUUUAAUAGUGAUUCAUGUUUUUUGUUCGAUUCUAUGUCAUCAGGGGGCGCUUAACUCAAAACACUUUGGCACUUUUUCUUUAGGACUUGUAAAGGUAAUCACUUUCUGUCAGAAAGCUAGUUAACAAGAUAAAAAGGAAGAGAGGUAAUUGGUAAAAAAAAAUAAGUCUUGAGCUUUUUCAAUUUAAAUCAGGUGAAAUUGUUCUGCUUUCUCUGGUUAUAGGUACAAAGUACAAAGCAGAUUAGAGUUGAUAUGACCCCUGUUAGAAGAAACCGUCUGGAGUUCCUUCUCCAGCUCUUUUGUUGGGGACAUAGUAUUCUAGUCUAUGAGUGAGCCAUAUCUAUCUCUUUAUUUUGGGGACUCUGUUUUUAACUUCACCACGGUGUUGUAUUGUUAGGCAUGCAACAAAAGCUUUAAGGAACAGGCGGAAACAAGAAUAGACUUUUGUGUAACAGAGAACACAAAAGGAAAUAUUUACAUAUGAGACUGCCCAGCAGAGACACAGAAAAAAUCUAUUGUGGGGUUUUUGGUGAGUCAUUCCAUUCAUUAAUUUGUUUAGCGCCAGCUUCCCUGAUGGUUUGGCACAUCAGUGACUUUCAGUGAGAGUCUGGCUUAAUUAUUUGUUGUGGGUUUUCCAUAAUCCUCUUCGGAAAAAGUGGAUCAGUGCAGAUGUGAGGCUGUCUCAGUGUUGCAUUAGAUAUUCACAGUCUGUGGAGCUAGAUACAGCUGGUUAAGGCCUUCAUCAUUCAACAGGAGUUGUUUGUAUUUGUGUGGUGACUACGAAAUGAAACUCUUUGUUCAAACAGUCUGAAAAAAAGACAAGCACAAACCAACAGUGAUAUCUUCAGGUAAAUGUUAUUCAGCCAUGGUACUUUCUCAUCCCAUCACAUCACGGAAAGCAAAAUACAGUAUAUGACAGGUGUGGAUGUACAUGGCUGAUGUACAGACAGACAUAUAGAAGCAGUCAAAGUAUCUAUAAAUAUGGCGCACACUUAAACUGAAAUGCUGCUUCUCAUGCUGGGCUGGGAUAACCAUAUCCUUUAAAACUAAAAUACUGAUGUCAUGCUAAGGUAAGAUAUUCUUUUAAUAGUCUCAUGGGGGGAAAUUCCAAAAGAGAAAUGUAUAACUUAUCCAGGCCGAACCAAGACAUUUUGAGUUCUAUCAGAGCCCUGACAUUGAGGAUGUUCUCGCACUGGGGGCAUUUUAAACCUUACCAUUAUUUCAGCUGUUUGUUACAAUUAUCAAUUUCUUCCCAUCCCAUGUCGGUGUAGUCUUGCUAUGUGUGAACAGUUUCCAGGGUGACUUUGAAUGGUAUGUUUUUAUUGCAGGUAAUUGAAUUUACAUAAAUUACAUUUUGUAUACGGUGCACACACAGCUAAUUCAACCCUAAACAAACAGUCCCCUGCCUCAUUUUAAAUCCACCCCCAUUAUUCAUUCAGCAGCUCCACACUCAUGUAUGAAACUAUACAUGGUGUAAUAUCAAGACUGCUGCAAUGAAAGUUCAUCUUGAAAUGCACUCAGUCUUGCUGACUUAAAGCAAUUUUGUGGAAUUCUGUUGCUUCAGGCGCAGAAGGGCUCAGGGACCUGACGCCAUCAAUACUCAAAAUGCAAAGAGAAAAACCCAGAAGCUGACUAAUGAAUUAGAAGCACAUAGGAGAAGCUUGGUUUGCUAAACCUCAGCAUAUUAUUGACAUGUUUAUUGAAGAUUGUUAAUAGUCCAUUAGCUUUUUUCUAACCUUUGAGCCUUGAUCCUGCAGGACUACACUGCCACCAUAUUCCUCCGUCAGCGCUGGACUGACGAGCGUUUGGUGUUCGAGGGGAACAAGAGUCUGAGCCUGGACGGACGGUUGGUGGAGCUGCUCUGGGUCCCCGACACUUUCAUCGUGGACUCCAAGAAGUCCUUCCUCCAUGACAUCACUGUGGAGAACAGGCUGAUCCGCAUCUUCCCCAACGGGACCGUCCUCUACGCUCUGAGGUGGGGGGAAACAAAGAGAGAGAAUGAAUGAGGCUGUUGGUUGUUGAGUUUGUUUUUCUGCUCUGACAGACAAUGAAAAGUAGGCCGGGGAAUGUAGAGGAAUUGUCUGAGGGAGGAAGCGUGGGUUGAAUUGUAGGUAAUGUGCAUGCAAAGCAGAGUGUUGUGUCGGUUAUAUUACUUGGGCAUUGGAUUGUAUGAGUGCAGGAGUAUUUGAUCUGCCAAGACAAAGAUGUGUGGGCUAUCAAAGCGACUCCCAUCAGCGUCUCUUCAGUAUUUAUUGCUCUACGCGCAGGAGCUUAACAUCUGAAAUGCUGUGGCAGGCUUCUGAAGUAUGCUGUGGCUUUUUGAUUGGGCCGAACAGACAGGUUAUUCAUAGUAAGGUUACAGAUGAUCCAGGAAGUCAAUUCGCUCAGCUCUUUAAUUCUGUGAUGAUGGGAUUUACACAUCCUACUCUUUUUUUAUGUCACAUGCUGCAACUUCAGGCAGCCUGUGGAUUGUAUAAGAGCUGUCCAUGGUCCUGAUCUCACCACACUUACUCAUUCACUGUCUGCCAUCAUCUCAGGGGGGAUUAAUGCUGGGUCAUAAGGCAAGGGAAAAAAAAAAAAAAACAAGGUCAUGAUAAUCUUUUUUCUCAUUCAGAUCAAUGUCAGUACUCAUCAAAAUGUAUCACUUAAUAAUGUUCAAAUAGUAUGACAGCAAAGCAAGAGCACAGAACAAUCAGUACACUGUUUAUAUUAUUGAGUUGUCUCUCUCCCAGUAAAAGUCUGUAUUCAAAAACAGUGACACUAAAUGAGAAAUUGAUGUUGCAAAUAAUUAUUUCCAAUGUCCUCUCAUAGAUAAAGGAUGUGCAUUAAGGGGGCUGCCAGCUUGUUUUCAAGACUUGAAUUCAGCCGGCAUAAAUUGAUAAUAAGGAUAUGCGAGCCAAGUUAUCCACAGAGGUCUCCUCUUUUUCAAGAAAACUAACCCACGACAGGAAACCAGUGAAAGACACCACUUUCAGAUGAAACACAUUGUUUCUUUAACAGAUAGAGGAUAGCAGGUGGAGCUGUGAGCUGAGCUGCUGCUUUUAAUUUCUCAGCUUCUUUGACAGAUAGUAAGGAUGUAGACUAAAGAAGAAUUUUCGGUAACACUUUAUUUGACGCCUAUCUUUAUAAUGCAUAAUAAAUAUAUGUAUAAUGCGUUAUAAUCACGUUAUAGCACUAUAUAAUUAUAGUUAGAAACACUCAUAAAUGAUCGUAAUGCUUUAUAGCAAUAAUCAUAACACAUAAAGCAUUUUAUCAUGACUUACAAGGUCAGGUAUUGUAAUGUAUUAUAACUGUUCACAACAGUUGCAUUGCAUUAUCUGUGUGGGCAUUUUCAAUGAGUUGUUAACAGUUAUAACACAUUAUAAUACCUGACUUUGUAAGUCAUGAUAAAUGCUGUAUAAUGUGUAAUAAUUAUCGCUUUAAAUCAUUGUGAUCAUUAAUUAGUGUUUUAAACUAUAGUUAUACAGUGCUAUAACGUGAUAAUAACACAUUAUACAUAUAUAUAUAAAUAUAUAUCACGUUAGAGAGAUAGGUGUCAAAUAAAGUGUCACCGAAUUUUCUGCUGAUGUUUUAAUCUUUCAAAAAAAAAAAAAAAAUGGAUGAAGAGAUCAACACCAGUAAAACACUUACCAGGCUGUUCCAGAUUGAAAAUCAGUGACUUUCACCACAAACUAAUGAUCCCAGGAUGUCUAGUUAGGGGGCUGACAGCUGAGCUGCUGCUUAUUUCCAUGUUUCCUUGGCACUUAUGGAAUUUGUCUUUUAUCCACUAUCUUUUAUAAAAGCUCUUUGGGAUAUUUUUGCAUUUCAUUGUUAGUGAUGGCCAAAGAUGGACUGGAAGUGAAAAUAAGAGAGAGUAGGUAGGAUGCACUAGACCACCUGUGCUGAAGUAAUGCCUUAGUUUGUGACACCAGUCUUUUCCUUGAAUCAUCGAGGUGACCUAUGAGGAGGCCCACUUUUUUCAGGGGCAGCUAAAACAAUGAUUGCAGUUAAAGGUGGGUAUGUCCUCCAGUGUUUACUACAUAUGAGAUCAAAUCUGAAAACUAAAAGAUUUGUUGUUUUUUAUUCCUGCUUCAAAAUUAAUUUUGUUAGACAGAUUUAGAACAAUGGACACCAAUUCAAAACACAAGGGAAAAAUGUUUUGUUGUUAUUUGACCUUGUAUUCUGUGAAGCAGCUCCAUUACACUUCAGAGAGCUUCUGUUUAGUAGGUUGAACCACCAACAGGGUAUUUAACCCACAAUGAAGUGUUUAAGAGCAACAAAACCUUUUGAUGGACAAUUUUGAACACAAGCUCUGAAACCUGAGAAAGAAGCAGAAAGGGGUUUUUAAAAAUUGCAGACCCCACACUCAUCUGUUUAAAAAAACGUUUGAAAUUAAAGGUUUCUUUUUUAUCUUUUCUGGUAGAAGAUGAUCUGAUAAAACUGUUGAAAAUACCAGAGUAUUUUAUGCAGCUCACUGGGAUCAUCUUCCACCAAAACAACACAUUAACUGAAAAAAAAAACUGGAGAUAGAACAACAUUCAAACAAAGGGUGCAAAAAUAAUCUUUCUGCAUGCUGAAAUAUGAUGUUUACGUUAUCGGCAUAUAUUCAGUGUAACAUUGUGGCAUUCAUUCCCCAACAGAGUAAGACUGGCUGCUCUCUGUUUCUAUCCCUGCAAAUUUUAUGGGAAACCCUAUUGAGAUGGUAUUAUUGUCAAACACUAAGGGGGUUGAUCUACUUUACAUUCAUGCAGUUUUUUUAUGGCUAUAUAUGCUCUUAUAUAAGACAGAAAGAAAAACAGUGCCACAUGGGAGACACACUCACUGCUACAGUGACUACAGUGGGUGUAUCAUCUAACUGUGAACUGGGUCAGGUCUUAAGUCUCAGUGCAGUUAAUCCCAUCUUUAUACACUUGUCCUAUCUGCAAGUUUUAAGUCUUGGUUUAUUAUUUUUUUUUACAUGCGGGUGAGAUCCUCAUUACUGUUGUUCUGAUUUUUACACCUUUUUAGAGAGAACUCCUCAGCUCCUUACAGGCUUUACCCUGUCAGAGGACAUGUGAAAAAAGGAGGGCACUUCACAGUCACAUAGAAGCACAAGUGAGGGUCAAACAAGAAAAAAGGGAAUCAAAAGAAGGACAGUGUCUUUAGGGACUGUGAGCUGUGAAAUCUGACAGAGUGAAGUGAAGGAAAGGGACAGCUGUGGGAAUUGUUUGAGUGCAGAGCCUGAGGGAAAUACAUGAGAAAGCACUGAAGUGAUGGGAGCUAAAGGUUGAGUUGUUAAGGGGAGGAUGUAAUUAGAAAAACUGUGUGCUGCUUUUAUGAUUUAUGAUGGUCAAGUAUAUGGAUGGGACUUAAAACAUAAAGAAACCAAGAAUAUCAUCAUCAUAAAGAACUUUGAUGUAAAGGCUUGUAUAAAAUUUCCUCUGAUUGCACGAUUGCUUCCUCCUUCUUCCUUACUAACAAACCAGUGUGCUCCAACUUAUCAUCUAUAACAUGAUACAGAUUUUAACUGUAAAGUUAAGUCAGUAGUUUUUAUUAUAUAACUUCCAGCCAAGCCUUUUUUUCUGUGCAAUCAUGUGUAUCUUUAAGUUGUUAGAGGUGUUCUGAUGUGGCAAACUAUCCACAUUUAAAACAGUGCUUCAAAUUCUGACUAGUCUCAAGGUAAGAAACACACACAAAACACUUGAAAUCUAGUAUUAUUUACUCAACGCAGCCUAACACAAGACUACAGAACCUGUUGGUGUAGUGACUGCUUUCCUUCAACAAAAAGGCCACUGGGGGUUUAGGUGCGCUUGCGUCUGUGACUCGUUCAAGUCAUCAGUCAGGUUGAGUGUUAAAGGUGAUUUAUUGUUAAAAAAGGAAAGAAAACACACUGAUCCAGGUCCAAAACUUUUGCCUUCAAAUGAAAAAGUGAUAUGAUGAAAUGGGGGUAAAACAGGAUGAGAGAAACAGUCAACAGAAAAUUAUCAGAGUUUACCACAACCCGUUGUCUGACUACACCAGUGCGAUUUAAAUAACCUGCCAAACAUCCGAAAACCACACCCCUCAGUGUUGAUCACCUAGCAGAAAUCAUAUCCUCAACUAAUAUAUUUUGGCUCCUACAGUUGGUACAGAGGGUUUAACUACCGUAGUUUUCCACCUACUAAUGAUGUCAGCCGUAAAAUAUGUUGAUAACUUGUUUAACCCAGUAAUAUUUCUGGUGUCACCUAGCUAAGAUCAUCAGGCUUAGCUGUUUUAUCAACUCAUACGCACAUAAAUCAGCAGAUGUAGAUGACGUUAUUUAUCUGUCCUCUGACUGCCCUGAUACUCAGUUCAGAAGCAGACCGUUAAUCACACAGAGGUUUGAAAUAGGAGCCAAUGUCCAUGUGAUUUACUUCCUACAUGGUUUGUCAGUCUGAAGAAACAACAUUACCAUUAUGCAGAUUUGUGAGAAGUAAAACUUUAACAUUGUUGGGUCUGUACUCAUGAGGGGGAGAGAUCUUUUAUUUUGUUUGUUUAAGGGAGAUUGGGUUUAUCACUUAUGAUUUGUUAUUAUUUAGUAACUAUAGUAACCUUAUCUCUGUUUUUGCAACACAACACUGGUGAGAUUUGUAGCUCACUUUGAAAUGUUUCGUCAAGAUGGGAUUUUAGUUUUGUUUGCAUCCAGGUAUCUGUUUAUAGUCGUGAAUAAUUCAUAAGAUUACGUUCAAUGGGAGCUUGAAACUCAACAAGUUUGUGGUCCACUUGCUUUUGUUCUCCACAUGGACUGUUUUUAACUGCAUACCUGAUUGGUCAAUAUUAGUUGGACUGCAAUCCUAUCACAAAUAAAACUAGAAUACAUCCCAUGCUAAAUAUCCAGAAUACAAAGACAGGGUCUACAAUUUUUAAUAUACAAUUUGUAAAAGAGACUAGAUACUGUAAAACAGCAAGAUGGACAUUCUGUAAAACUCACAGUGAUUGUUUCAGGGGUUAAUUCGGCCUGAGCAGAGUUUACAUGUUCUGAUAUGGAAAAAGCCUACGUCACCCAGUCAAAUGAAUCCUCCUAAUGGCUGAAUCAUAACUAAUCAAGGAUAUUAUUCACAUGCGAGUCACAGAUAAACAGUCUGAAAUUUAGUUGUGUCACUAGAAGGUCAUGCCAUCUGCUCCCGGUGGAUUGACAUCACAUUGCAGGCUUCUUGAUUGUUUUUCUGUUUUUCCAGGAAGAAAAUGAUCACACUGGAGUCUGAAAAACAUGUGUAUUAUAUAUGAUAUGUUGGGCCUAAAAGGAUUAAUGGCUGGAUUAGAUCAUUCAUCUGUACUUGAUGCACACCUUGAGAUAAUAAAAGCUGCACAAUCGUAGCUGAAUCGAACUCCUUUAUGACUCCUUUAAGAAAUGCUUGUUGGAGGAAAGAUCCAAUAUCUAACAUAACUGAAGCUCUUCUAGGGUAUUAUACAUUCUCUACAAGUCAUUUACAGCAUAGCAACAAUGUAAAUGGAUAUCAAGUUGUGUUUUAAUGGGUUGUGUGUAUCAUCAGUGCUUUUUCUAAAUGGCACAUAUGUAGUGGAAUAGAUAAAAAUGUCACCUUCAACUAACAAUACAGACAUUUUGAGUCUAUUUUCAUGCCUUCUUAAGAGCUGCCAUGUGUUAGGUGCUGCAUGAAACUGCAGAACCCUGAAUACUAACACCAAGAGACAUCUUUUGAUGCCAUUUACCCUGAAUCCUGUGAAUCACUGUUUUCACAGACUUUAACUUACUGACAUCACAGACAAACUUUUCACAGAGAAAGGCUUUCAUACAUCGCGACCUAGAUUUACAGUGUGACACCAAUUUAAACUGAGGACUGUAUGCUUUUUGUAUGAUCUUAAGGUGUUUGCCACAAAAGGCUCCCUUCAUGCAUAAUUUCACAUAAGCCCAAAAAAAAAGGCAGUCGUUUCCUCACAAAUGCAUGACUUCAACCACAGAGCAGGCUGUUACAUAAUAAACCACUGUGCUAGAAACGACUUCACAGAUAACAUCGACUGCAGGUGUUUUUCUUCUUAAUGACAAAAACAAUAUUUGUGUCUUUUAGGAUCACCACCACAGUGGCCUGCAACAUGGAUCUGACCAAGUACCCCAUGGACAAGCAGACCUGCACGCUCCAACUGGAGAGCUGUAAGGACCCUUCAUACUUGAUAAAGACAGUGUACCCACAGCUCGAGGCUGUGGCACUGGGGCGGUGGGUGGGCGGUGAUGUCGGCUGAAUGUGAUCAAACAGAUCCCAUCUUCUUAUCUUUUUAAACUGCUGCUGCUUUAUGUGAUGGAGAGAAAAGUCUGUGUGUAAGACUGCAUACUUAUGUCACACUGCAGACUAAUGGAGGGGCAAGUCAGGCUAUGAUGCUAUCCUCAUGUACCUGUUUUCCAUCAUACAGAGUGUCAUCACAACAGAGAUUAAACAGAGCUCAAACUGAAAAAUAUCCCAACUUUAAAGAACAAGUUCAACAGAUUAAAAGAUUUGUCAUGUUAGUUCGAUCUCGUGUUUGUCUGUUAUGGAUGAAGCAAAAAACAGGAAACAAGCCCCGAGACUUUGAGGGUAAAAGAGUUGAUCUUGUUCCCACCAAGGCUCCAAGAUCAACAAUUUAACUUGUCAUGAUACAGAUUUGAUUUUGUCUUAUUAAAAGGAUAUUCCAGCGUAAAAAUAAGGGUCAAACACACCGUAACACCCAGUUAGACAACCCCUCGAGAGAUGAAUGUUGCCGACCGCUUGCUUCUCUAGUUAUACCAACUUUAGUAACGACCGCAGGAUAGCAAUACACAGCAGUCUGAGGAGCCAUACACAAACUUCAACCAAAACGCCACUCUAUAACCACAAAUAAUGCUCAGAACAGCACCUAACUUCAUGAUCAUUUCUUCAUGGAAAUGCAAUCAGACUGAGAUGCUAAGACAGGAGAACUACAGCGUCUGCAGUGCAAAAUGAUUAAUAUGAUGAUUAUUACUUCAAGGAAAUGAUAAAGAAAUGAUCAUAAAUGUUCUUCCUUGAGCUGCGUCACCCCACUGUAGUCCGUAAUGGACUGGCCCAAGGUUUCGCUGCAAACAAGCGGCUGCUGGAAGAGAGUAGGUGAGUUGUGUUUAGUCUCUUUGCUAAAGAAAUUAGGCAAAGCUUCUCAGACCGCUGUAUACUGCUAUCCUGCGAUCAUUACUAAAGUUGGUAUAACUAGAUAAGCAAGGGAUCGGCAACAUUCAUCUCUCGAGGGGGUGUCUAACUCUGUGUUACAGUGUUUUUGACCCUAAAUUUAUUUUAUACCGGAAUAUCCCUUUAAUAUCAAAAUGGAAAGACUGUAUAAGAUUACCUGACAUUUUUUUCACAGUUUUUUACCAUCAUUUCACCCACAAAAUACAGCAGGUCAGUUUCUAAAUGAGAGGAAAUUCUAAAUUGGGAUGGGGGUCUUAAUUAAUGUGCUCCUUAAAAGUGUCAAUGGAGUCAGUGUGUUGAAUAACCUGCAGCAUACUCUUCCAGACAUGAGGAUCUGAUUUGAAUAAGAUUUUCCCCUGGCCCCUCCUUUCCAUGCCAACAAACCCCAUCUGAGGAUCUGAGGGGUCUGGUGGUGCUCUGAGAUAUAUGAAGGUUAUAUGAAGGUUAUAGGUUGUGAAGUGACCCAGUAUAGGGAUACAAAGACAGUGGGAGUGUGGUGAUUUUUCUUUGACCCUGUUAAUAACUAGGCAGUAACAUUUUGGACAAGUCGUGGACAGGGGAUAUGGCUCAAGUAAUACCAAAGUCUACGUUGGAAUGAUAUCAGUGCAUAAAAAAACUCGCUCUAUGUCAGAUGACAGUAGGAAAAAGCUUACUUUGAAUAUAGUUCUCUGACAAGUGAAGGGCAAAUAAAGGGCAACACUUUUGAGUACCCUCACUAAGCGAAUAAUACAAAUGAAUGAAUGAAAGAAUAAAUCACUAACAAUUGCAUGGUGUAAUAUUUAUCACAUAAAAAUGGAUGUAGAUUUAGGGGGAAAAUAGUUAUUUAUAGCUCUGAGUAGCUUGUGAAGUUCACCCAUCCAUGGUGAGUAAGAUGCACUCAGCUUGCUUGAGGCUCUGCAUAAGUUCAGACUUUGUCUUUGUGUAGAGAGCUGCUCCGGUGUUUGAUUAAAAUAUGGCUGAGAUGGGUGUUUAUACUGACCCCAGCUUGUUCACCACUAGUCCAUGGUUUUUAAUCCCAAACAAUGUCCGUUGGUCUUUGGAAAUAUAGCAUUUAUGGUACAUUUUGUGAGCUUUGGUGGUAAUGAUGCUGUUGAAACUAUCUUGCGAGUUUUGUGGCUUUUGGAGUUUUUACAUCUUCUCUUGGUACAAAUCUUUUCUUGGUGACAAUUAGCCCAGUUUGUGUUUCUUAUUAUCAGUAUUAUGUUCGGUGCAUUUUUUGUACGUCCAUCACUCUUUCUCUUUUCUCACACACAAGGAAACUGAAGCACUUCCGUGCGUCAGAUUUAAAAGCCACUGAACUGUUUCUGAGGCAGCUCUAGGCUAGACAGUACAUCACUGCAGGCGGGACCAUUUGUUCUAUUUUGUUUAGCUAAAUUAAGAAAGUCUGACUCAAACACCAGUGUUAGUGUAGCUUCAUUAAGACUACUGCAUGUAUUACUUUGACAUCAGACAGCCACUUGCAUAACACAUCCAUUUUACUUUACUUGUGUUGUACCAGUCAGCUGUUUCAGCCAACUUCAGUUUUGGUUGGUGCUGGUCUUAUUGAGCUGACAGUAAAUUUAUGCUGGUAACACACCCAUUAUUGACAAAAACACCACACAAACUAGCUUUAAAAAACUUCUGGUAACACUUUACUUGAUGCCUAUCUCUGUAACACAUUCUAAAUAUAUGUAUAAUGUGUUAUAAUCACAUUAAAGCACUAUAUAACUAUUGUUAUAAAUACUAAUAAAAGAUCAUAAUGCUUUAUAGCAAUAAUCAUAAUACAUUAUAAAACAUUUUAUCAUGACUUACACGUUGAGGUACUAUAAUGUGUUAUAACUGUUAACAACUCACUGACAAUGCCCACAUAGAUAAUGCAUUAUACAUAUGAUGUAUUAUAAUUUGCUUAUAAGCUUGUAUAACUAUUAUUAUAAACACUCAUUAAUUAUCAUGAGGCUUUAUAAUACCUGACCUUGUAAGUCAUGAUAAAAUGCUUUAUAAUGUUAUAUGAUUAUUGCUAUAAAGCAUUAUGAUCAUCUAUGAGUGUUUAUAACUAUAGUUAUACAGUGCUAUAACAUGAUUAUAACAGAUUAUACAUAUAUUUAUAAUGUGUUAUAAAGAUAGGUGUCAAAUAAAUCUUCAAAUAACUCAAAUCACAAAUAUUGAAGAGCUCACUCAUCGCAAAAGUAGAGACUGAGAGCAUCAAUUCGAAUGAAAAGGCAAAGUGAGAGCAAGCCUCAUUUCCUCAUGGGCUCCAAAUCAAGCUUCAUUUUGACACAAAUUGCUGUGUUGUGAGAUGUUUACCUGGUCCUAAACUUAAGUCUGUUUUUUAGAGAGACCAUUUUCAAACAAGCCCAAGGGCUCUUUACUUUACUUCGACUUCAUGUGAACAUCUAUAAUAAAUAUGAAACCCCUGCUGAGAGGCUGAAAAAUCUGUCCACUUGUUGAGAAUUGAAAUGUUUUCCCAUUUAAGUGGCGUGAAUUACAGCAUUAUGAGAAAUUUCCAAAGGUGUCAUGUAGAAAAAUGUGGUGGCAGUAUAUUUAUUAUCAAGACAAAUUGUUACUAAAUUGAAAAAAUGACAAGAACCAAUUUUUGGCUGUGCAACAAAUUGGGGGAAGAAGCCGUCCCCUCUCCUCUCCCUCUCCCUCCCCCUCCUUGUCCUCCUUCCUGUCUUUCAGUGCUUCUCACUCGUCUGCCAUCUUCACUUUCCACCUCGCUUUUGCUCCCUGCUAUUAAAUGACAGCCAGCCAGGCUAAGCUAAGUCUGAUCCCUGCCAGAAGCCCACCAGGACCUCAGUGCCAAAUAAAACAUUUAACGGCAGCUCCAGUCCCACUUAGCAGACAAAAAGACAUCUGGAGGUUAGAGCUGGGUAACUGAGAGGAUGAUGGCUCCUUCCUCCGAUGUGUUUCCCCCCUCUCACUUUGUCUGUUUCACUUCCUGCUCCAUCUCUGACAAUAUUCCUCUCAUCUAACGGCUUGUUGUUACUGUUUUCUUUUACCUCUCGUCUUGAGCCUCCAUCUUGCUUCGUCUUUAUGUCUUUUUAUGAAGAUGUCAGGGAUUUAUUUCUUUUACGGCGGUGCCAAAAGUGGAUCGUAUUCACAAAUCAGGGUUCAAAGGGGUAUUUGUGGUGGGAGGAUGUUAAGUUCAGGACAGCAGUAAAAUAUUCAAUGACAACAGAGGAGAGUCACAGUCCUCUGUGAUCUUUGAUUUUGUUUUUCUUUUGAUGGUGGAUCUAUUAUAAACUCUAUGAGGGUUGCUUUAGUAUUCUCUCUUUAAGGAGCUUUGUACAGUAAUGUCAGUGAAACAGUACAUUUUCUCCGGCAGUGAUUCAAGGCAGCUUAAUAACACAGUAUGCAGUGUUACUGUGCAGGUCUGUUCAACUAUUAAUGGUGAAUUAUCGCCUAUUAAUGUUUAUUAUUCAAACAUUUCUAUCAAAUCUUUUUACUUCUCUCUCAGUUUUCUUCAAUAUUUUUUUUUCACUUGAUCUCAGUGCAGGCAGGCAGCACUGUGGCAGCAGACAUCUAUGCUGAAGUUGGGGGUGUUUGCCACAAAAUACUAAGCUCUAAAAAACAGUUAUCAGUCAAAAAAGUUGUUUUUUGCUGAGCCUGAUGAUCUGAAUCACUCAAAAGAGCCAAAAUUCCCAUUACAAGCUUUAUUUCUGCUAAAGUUGCUUACCUGGGAAAAGAAAAGGAUCCUAACCCUGCUCUUACGGAUCACAUACAACUUAAACAAGAUGUGGUAUUUGUAGAUCUGAAGUUGUCUAUAGAUCUACAUGGAUAUAAUAUGGCUCUUUUGGGGCAGAAUUGACAUAUUUCCUCAUCUAUAUUCCUGGUUCUCUUUUUUCACCCCUGCCUGUUGACACUGUGGCUAAACGUGGUAAUAAAAGCAGCUAUAACUGAAGUUGUGGCAUUUGUAUCAUUAAUAAUUGAAGAUGUGUCAACAUUAAUGCCGCAAUAGGAGAGAGCUCAAUGAGGACAGAAAUGUCAACAUUAUACAGUCCUGCAGAGAUCACAUUCACUUUGACUAACUAUACCUGUAAAGGAAAUGUUCAGUUUAAUGUAAUUUAGUCAGGUCAAGUUGGCUAACAAUCAUGGAUUGAAAUUUAUUGUUAGUUAUUCCCCAAUGUUGGCUGAAAAUAUUUUAUUACUGUGGGAGUGUUACCAACUAAGGCAUCAGAAGAAGGUUUUAUAUUUCAGCUCUACACAUUUCAACAAGGAUAUACAGGUUAAAGAACAAAAGGCUAUUUAUUAUAAUAGAUAUCGAAGUAAUGUGGCUUGGCAGACAAUCUUCAAUGUUUUGAUCCUUUGAGAGGAUAUUUAUUGAUGGAAAAACCCCUCGUUGAGUCCUAACACUUGUGGUGGUGCUGGCCUUUUAAUUGGAUUAGAAAUAAGAACUGAUGACCCUGUGGAGGCCUGCUGUAGCACUCAGAGAUUAUAAAGUAAAUGCUGUAUUGACUCAUCAUCAGCCAUGUUUAUGUCAUAAGCAUGAAAAAUAUACAGCGGUUGCACCUCUACAAUCUUUUCAAAGCAGAAGCCAGGUCUGUGAGAUGUGCUGCUCACACCAGCAGUUGGAACCAUUAGCUGUGUUGGCAUGCAUGCCAAAAAUCACGCUGUUUGCAGCCACACCUCCUGCAUGAAGAGCUAGAGCACAGUCUGCUGUGGACUCACAACCAAGAUAAGGGUUUUAGAUAGAUGGUAGAUUAGAUUAGAUUGGAAAAUGUAGUUAAUCCUCGAUGGGUAAACUCAUUGACCACCAAGUCAAUACAUGCACAUCACAAAUAAUCCAGACAGUCCAUUCAUAGCACACAAUAAGUGGAGAAAUAGCAGCAUUGAAACCAUUUCAGACUUUAUUUACAGCCAUGGAUCAGAACCACACCUAAAAAACUAUUGCUGGUACAAAGGAUCAUUUAUGUUACUUAGCUUUAAAGGAGCUUUUGAGCCCAUUAAGAAAAACAAGUUAAGCCAAUUUAGUAUAUUUGUCCACAUACAUGAAGCUUUUAAAAAAUAGAAAACAGUUCAUUCUCUGUUCUCUCAUUAUUAAGUCGGUCGUAACCAUACCCAUAACAACUAAACUUGUUUCAUGUGCUUUUUGGCAGUGUUCCUAUAAUUAAACUCUAUUUGAACUCCAUUAAAACUCUAAAUUGUCUUUUUAAAAAAAGUUAAAUAAUUAAAUGUAGCUUCCAAAAGGGACCGACUGUGUUGUUUUUGGCAGUGAGGUCUGUACUGCUUUUCCCUCUCUCCAUGUCUCAUCCCGGUCAAUAAUACAUGAUUCCAAACAAGCUCGAACUGGGGGAGCGACUGCAAAUUAAUGAACAUUUCAUGUCUUCAGAUUAUGGAGGUGUUUCAGUUUGAGCCUGCGUCACUCAUUCUUUCUUUUCUUAUUCUCUUGCUCCCUCUACAGAUAAAUUAGAGAUAUAGCAGUGACAGGUGUAAUGAGAGAGCCACACUGGCUUUUAUUAAUUGAUAGCAUGAUAAUUGUAUUGUUCUCUUAAAAGCUCUCACCACACUCAGCCUGGGUGUCUUUGACAACAUCCAUCUUGUAUGAGGUCUUAUUUGGGUUAUCAGGGCUCUCCUGGGUCUAUGCAGUAUGCAUGAUUAGUCUGUUACAGAAGGAGUUGAGUUCUUCAGCGGGAUUUUUGAGGAGGAGGAUGAACAGAAUAAAUGCAUUUCCAUUAGCAAUUCCUGUUGGAUGUCUGGGCAUCAAACGCUUUCAGAGCGAAUCACAGUCUGUUUCCUCUGUGACUGGUAGAACAUACAUGAAACAUUCAGGCUGUAUGUUUAAAUUGGGUUGUUGUGGUGACAUAAUAUGAAACAUCUAUGUGUUUCUGUGUUUUAUACUUAUACUGUUUACAUGCUGGAGUGUUGAGCUGUGUGCACUCCACCCUGCCUGCUUCUCGGGGGUAAACUAACAUUUUAAACUGGAUGCUUUCACAUUCUCUUUGCUUCUUGCCAAAUGUUCCUCUCGUGCUCAUAUGCAGCAUAAGAGGGAUUUUACCACCCACUAUGGAUUGCAAUCCCAAACAACCCGACCAUAAAAGGAUCAGACUUUAACAUAGCUUUAGCAAUUAACACUCCCAUCUGUUUGUACCAUCGCCACCAAGAGGUUUAGUUUUAAGUCAUUACACUGUUUUAUAACAUCCUCACCACCACCACCACUGUUAUUAUGACCUUAAGCAGCUUUCUGGUUAAAUGUGUCUGCUACUUUCAUUCAAACAACAAUGAAACUAAGAAACAGGCAGUGUUUGGUCCAUGUAAACAGACACAGCAUCAAUUAUAAGUCUUAAAGUGAAUUUGUCAUCAGAAAGAGUGCACUCAUCAAAGUGACAUGAUAGAACUGUGUUUGUGGGCACCUGGAGCAGUUAAUAUCAUAUUUACUCUCCUUAUAGCAGACCUCAUGUGCAUUUCAUUUCAUGCCUCUGAAUUACUCUGCAUGCCAGGAGAACUUUUGUAUUUCUCUUUUAUUGCAUGUAAAAACCAAUCAGCAAAGGGAUUAUUCGCCCUCAUCUAGAGUGUGCUAUAGCUGCACCGUAGACUGCAGGUGUUAGUGGACCUUUUUUUAGGGGGGAACUUUCCACGAGUCGUUUCUCUGAGAACCACACACCACAGUGAUUUUUUCCUGUUUGCAUUCGCACCACCAUAAUGAUCGCUGAUACAAACCUAAAAGAAAGCGUGAUUGGACUUAGUGCAUUGCCUUGAAAGGUGGGGUAGGCAGGAUCUGAGGAAGUGCCAGGUUUCGAGAGAAAUCUUAAAUGUAAACACUACCCCUCCUAACCAGUUUUCUCUUCAGCUCCUCCUCUCCCCUCCCUCUCUGCUCCAGCAAGCCCCGCCCACAAACAGACGCUCCUGCUAGAUCGUAUCGUUUCAAUUAAAUACAGAUAAAAUGCAGAUAAAUACUUCAGAUAAUUACAAAUGGGGCCCAGUCAACGUGAAAGUAAAAGCAUUGGUGCUACUGUAGAUGCCAACAGACUACCAGCAAACACAAUGUUUGCUGGACUUCUACAACUAGGAUAAAGUGACAUAGUCCAGGACCUGAGCUAAACAGUUCAGUGGCGCUACACCAUGCAGCAGGUCCUGUUUGACAAGAAGCACUUCAGUUACAGACACUUGGCUUACUUUGUUAAACCGGUUUACCAGUCCAGCAGAAAGGUUACAGGGUCCGUAAGAUCCCGAAGUGUCCCAUUUGUUUAUGCUUCACUUAUGUUGACCCGGCUUCUUAGCUCUUGUCUGGGUGGUCUACCUCCUUUUUAAGCGCCCAUUAUUCCGCCAGGGUCUCCGGUAUUUACUUUGUUUUCUUGCUUGUGUUGGCAGUCGUGGCCAAAAGAGGAUUCAGAAAAUUUUCUGUACUUUCUGGUUGGUUUCUACUGUCCGAUAUUGUAGCACGCUAACUUUGUUUGGGCUCAUGAACGACACGGCAGAGCAGCGUCUGCCUCACAACCAAUCAGGUUGGGGGAGGUGGAGAAUGACUUUGUUUACAGUCAGAAAGAGCGGAGUGCUCAAAAAAAUUAAAAUGUUGACUACACAGACAACACAAAACACAGCGAUAACUUCAUAUUACCAAAUGUCAUCAAUAACUAAUAGCUAUUGACUAGUGAAACUAGUGAAUAGUAAAAGCUUUUUUGUAUAUACACCACAAAUAAAGAUGCCUCUUUAACGGAAACCUGCCUACCCCACCUUUAAUACUGCAUGGCAGCACCUGAGUCCAAAUGGACUGGAGGCACUUUGUGGCCCAUACUGAUCUUGUUUGUUCUUGUGUAGAUCUUUGCUUACAUUAUAUUAACACUUCAUACAUAGCAACAAAGAUAACAUGUUUUAGUUUGUUUGUGUCAUUUUUUGCAUGAAAGUGUUCAACAGUGCUUUAUUAAGUUAGAGUCUAUCCUUCCAGGUGCAGUCUUACAGUAGUAGUAAGCCCAGUCCUGUGCUUGAAAUACUUCCUGCAGUGUGCCUUUGUCUGCUCCUUAUGAAUACAGUAUGUGUUUUUAGAAAGCCUGAUUAACAAGUAAGAAAAAAAAACAUGACAUUAGACUUUAAAAAUUAAUUGUUAGAUUGUUUUCCUCUCUAUUCAUAAUUCAUUGACAGUCAAGAAAAGGUUUCUACUCGCAUCAGUUUUAUAAAUUGGUAUUUUGAUUCAUCAAAUAAAUAGCAUUAAAGCUUUAAAAGCUGAGGAUCAUUUUAAAGAUAGUUUUCUAUUACUUGAAAUGGGUAAAGCAAGAUGACACACUUAUUUUGUCCUCAACCUCAGCUUGUCCAUGAAGGACACUGCUGACACAGAGGAAUUACAGAUCACAUCCGCGAAAAUGAUUUUUUUUUUCCUCCUGCUUUCUAGUCAUUUCAAGAAAACCGAUCAGUAGUUCCUUUUCCUCUUUUGACAUUGUGGAUUUUGCUCAGGAAAAUAAAGUCGAUUUAUAUCCCAUUGCAGACUAGCUCGAGCUUAGGGAAACUAAAGAACAGCUUAAUAAUUCUCCAAUGGUUCUUACCUUCAAGCAACUCAUUCCACUACACACACUAUUAUAUGAUCUGUUGUGUUUAUAGAUAUUGAUUGAUGCAGCUUAAUUCUAUUUUAUGAAAUCUUCCGACAAAGCAAUUUUCAUCUGUUUUUCUUUCCCGCAGGGGGUUACAACAUCAACGAUGUCAUGUUCUACUGGACCAGAGGAAAUGAGUCUGUCAGUGGUUUAGACACUCUUCAGCUGGCUCAGUACACAGUGGAGGACCACUACACAUCCGUCUCAGAGGCCGUAUAUGAAACUGGUAACAAUGACCCUCAAAACCAUUAUGUGUGGAGCGUAUUUCAGAUUCUUAGCACUAUUUUGGCAUUUUGAAUGAUCUCAAGGAAAUGACUUAGAAAUGAAUAAUGCUCCCAAAUCGCCUCCCUAUAAUGUUGCAGCCCAAGCUAUAAAACAAACUAGAAUCGGGGGAAACAUUAUUACAGCAGUGGGUUAAUGUGUUGUGGUAUAUCAAAGUUUGAAGUUUUGCUAUUUUGCAGCAGAUAGUCCCUGAAUGUUUUCAAAGUAACUGACAGUAUCACAGUAAACGAUUAAUCUCUUUUUAUUAAAGACAAUUUUAUCUUUUUAAACUUUGACCAGAUUCAAUGUUGCUCUCUGAAAGCCAUAAGACCACACUGAGAAAAACACUACUGCUACCUUAGAGAAGAAGCUGGUCAAUGUCUGACUAAACCAAUUUGUUAUUUUCUGCUGUUGUUGGUCUUUGGGGAUUAAAACAAGUCCAACUAAAUAUUUAUGUGCCACUCUAAAUAGUUCUGCUCAUUUGUCGGUCAUUAUGUUUAUGUUGUUGGGGAAAAAAAUGCCUUGGUUUGACUGAAAUUAGACUUUUAAUAAACACAUUAGUCUGACUGAAAUCACACUAAAAUUGAACUUCUCAUAGUUGGACUACCAUACCUGGAUAAUGUGGUUGGGAGUAGAUUUUGCCCUCCAUGUACACGGUUCAGUCAAGCCAAAACUUCAGACACUCUCUAUUCACACACUGGGCUUUGAGCCAGAAGAUGAGUAGCAUGAAUGCAGUGUAAGGAAUCCAGGUAGCUUUUAGUUUUUUUCAAUUUUAGCUCCUCUUGACCAAAACAGACUGAUUUAUGUCUUUGUUGUUUGUGUCCUGUAAAUGUAUGAGUAGACUUUUCCAACAAAAAUAUAAUACUUUUAUAUCUUCAGUCUUCUACAACAACAAAUCUUUAUUGGAGUUCAUCUGUUCCCUAGCUGUGGUUUAAGGCAGCAAAGUAACCAGUUAACCAGUAACCAGAUUAUGUCAUUUGCUUUUUCAGCUCAUAAAGAGAAAUUAAUAUUAAUCUCAGUGUUUUCUCAAUGGAUAAAAACGUCUUACAGAGCUUAAAACAGCACUUAGAUGCUAAGAAAUUAAUACGUUUGUGAACAUUGUCAUGUCAAAAAAUAAUUUUUACAAUUUUCUUCUUCUUCUGGUGAAAGGCAAUUACCCAAAGUUGGUCUUCCACUUUGAGCUGAAGAGGAGCAUUCUGUACUUCAUCCUGGAAACUUACGUCCCCUCCAGCCUGCUUGUGGUCCUCUCAUGGGUUUCCUUUUGGAUUUCUCUGUCAUCUGUCCCAGCACGUAUUUGUAUUGGUAAUGUCCCUGAACACUAUUAACUUUUUAUUUUGUCAUUUUUGUACUGAGAAAAAUAUGGUAUGUAAUGUCUUUCUUGUCCAGCUUCCUCUGAACUGUGAUAAAUUUUAGAGAAAAGGCAGUUGAUCUCUGCUGCUUUUGCUUGCUUUUGAUUGUUUCAUAAUGUUGUCUGUGCAGGUAUUCCUCCUUAAAAUGAUGUACAUUACAGCAAAGAUUUGGUCUGUUGAAGUGCAUUUCAUUGACAGACACAUUUUUCUAUAUCGAAUAAGCACUGGUCUAGUUCAGGUUGCUCCACAGUUCACCAGUACCUGUGUAAAUGUGUGUGUUGUGUCAGGAGUGACAACAGUACUGACCAUGACCACGCUGAUGAUGGGAGCCCGGACGUCCCUGCCUAAUGCUAACUGCUUCAUUAAGGCCAUUGAUGUUUACCUCGGGAUCUGCUUCAGCUUUAUCUUCGGGGCGCUGAUUGAGUACGCUGUGGCUCACUUUUGCACCCUCACCCAUGCAGAUGCACACAUGCUCAUGGUAAGACAAUUGUGGGUAAACUGUCAUUUGAGUAUGCUACUAAACUUUCACUCCAUUAUUAUCAGCCCUGACAGAUAUGUUACAAAGUUUAAGAGCACAGGGAAGUUGCAGAUGUCACAGAUGUUGAUGAUGGACUGCUGUACCUUCAAAAUGUUGUGAUAAACCAGUUUUAGCUAUCAGGCAGCCAUAAGUGGAGAGAGGAGAGCAGGGAGAGGAGCAGGAAGAGGCAGAUGUGUGGAAAAGUAUUUGACUGAAAAGCCAAGGGACAGAAUGAGCACUUUUUUUUCAGUUUUCUCUUACAUUGGCAUUGGAACUGAACUGAAUUUAUUUAUUUUUUAUUACUGAUAAUCUGAGUUAAAAUGCAUGUUCAAAGACAAUAAAAAUUUUCAAAUCAGGAUUUAGAAAGGAAAACAAACAAACAUUCAUGUUGAGUCCUGUUUGAUAUUGUGCCAGUUGUCUUCAACACCCCUGCUCUUGUUAUUUCCUUUCAUACAAAUUGCAUGAAAGUGCCUAUGAAUAUGAAAGUGUGUCUUUCCACAUUGUGUCAUGGUGUUACAGAAAUACAAGAAGUCCUUCAGCAGGUACCUCAUAUACCACAUAUCAGGACAAAAAUCUUAAUGUCCUAAAUGAGAUACAGAUAUUCAGUUCAUUGCACUCUUAUUUUCUAUGGUUGAUGGUUUAGCAUUAUUACAAAACAUCUCACCUAAGUUGUUGUGUAUCUCCAAACUACGACACCGAUGGUACAGCUUUAAUUUGACUGAUUACAGUUCUGUACACCAAUUUUCAUUCUUGUUUUUGCAUUGUUUUUGAGACAUUCAGACUCCAAAAAACAAACUGUUGAAAAACAGGACUGUUGUUCUUUAUGAAAAAACUAAACAUCACUCUUUGUGAUGGGAAGAGUGAAACAAGAAACUGAACCAAGACUGCAUGAUUAAGUAUAGAAAGUGUAACAAACAGAGACUCAGAGUUUACUAUGAUAUCAAUGUACAAAAUACAUUUACAAAUUCAGGUGCUGGGGAUUUAACGGUGGAAGGAGAAUAACUCCAUCAUCACAAAUGUCAUCCUCACACAGUGACAGUCCUCCACUUUCUCCUUGUUCUUCAUCACGAGAGUUAACAGAGUUCCUGUACUAUAGGGUCUCAUUGUAGAGCUGGAUAUGGAGGGAAACUCUCUCAACUCUUAUUCUUUAGGCUUUCGCUCUUAUUGUUAUUUCUGUUGUUGUAGUCACAGUCAUAGUCUUCCCAAUGACGACCAUUGUCAUCACCUUCAUCUCCAUCCUUGUCUUCACCACCAUCAUACCAUCAUUAACCCUUUUGGGUGAGUGUAAGAAAUACUCCAACCUCUCAGAUGUUUGAUGUGUUUGUCUCCAUUAACCUCUGUCUCUUAUUGUCUCUCACUGUCCCACAGUACGGUCACCACAUGCACGACUUUGACGAUGAAAUGAACGGCAUCGUCACCACCAUCUCUACUCACGCCAGUAGGGCAAAGAGACGCAAGGAGCCCGCCGCCACUCCUGCUCCAGCCCCCGCCUCUCUAGAACUCACUGUCAGCCCGUCCAGCCCCUCGGGCAGUGAGCCGAAGCCCGAGGCAUCGCCUCCAGAGCGCACCAACUGGUGCAUCACCGUUCUGGCCAUCGUCCGCAAAGUGCUCCGCUUCAUAUCUUGCUGUCACAUAGAGAACCCCCACCACAUAGACAACUACUCCAGAGUCACAUUCCCCCUCUCUUUUGUCAUAGUUAACCUGCUUUACUGGACAUAUUACCUCUACUUUUAGCACCCGCUGGAGUAGCAUGUGUCACAGAGUCUACGAAGCAGCGUCUAAGGAGGAGAACUGUAUUUUACCAUAUGUAUGUACAGUCAGUGUCAUUUAUGUGUGUCGGAGAUGAGUGUGUUAAUUUUUAGGUUUGGAAGCAAAGCAGCAUAUUUAUAUAAAGUCACAUUUAGAGAGUAAUGGUUAGAAAGUACGAUUACAGCUUCAUUCUUAAACAGUAUCGAUUAUUUGGACCGAGUCGUUGCUUUAAACUUGAUAUCGCAGACUCUAAUUGGCUAACUUGACAAUGACUGAGAUAUAAUGGAAUCUAAUUCACCUUCAAACGUCAUCAGUGAUACUCAGAAGAAAGAAUUGGCCUGUUUGUUAUGCAGUACAAUCAUUUUCGGACGUGGAAAGAUGGAGCUGUAAUUCAAGGCCGUAUAAAGCCAGCACUGCUGUGGUAGAGCACAUGCCUUUUUCCAGUGAGUCUCUGUUGUGGUGGAUUGAUAGUUUAUACUGAACAACUUUAACAACAUUUUCGAUCCCCGCCUGCAGGUAUGGUAUUUAAGGAGAAAUGUGAAAAUAAUGGAUUAGAGGAGAGAGAUGUUGAAAUGAGAUGAGGGAGCAGGAAAUAAAAGUCAUUUAGGAGAGUGUGUUAAACUUUAUGCUUGUCUCCCAAGAAUGAGAAGGUCCCCUUGCUGUUGAAGUCCCCCUCUAUAUUUUGUCCUUUAUGACUUUCUUAAUUUAUUUAUUGUGCAGAGCUUUCUCUCUUUGCCCGCAUUCAGUCCUUUUUCAAUGAUGCUAUAAAUGUAGUGGCCUUUGAUCUCCUUUGUUUAAGCACAGAAAUCUGCCCCAAAUGAACGGCGUUGCAGCUUGCCUCACGAAUCGACACUCCAGUUUUACAAAGAAGACAGAUUAUGAAACACUCUGAAACUGCAGCUGGUAUCAUAAAAAUUAAGAAUAAAGCUCCCCAGAGGGCUUCUACCAGCCAGUGCCUGUUGGAUCAGGGGCCUAUCAAGAGGGAUAGUCAGGGGUGGGACUGAAAUCUAAUGGACCACCCCUGGACCCUAAAAUUCAAAGCCAUGAUUCGCUGUUUGCCUCAUCAGAGGCAGAAGUUUUGUUCAAUCAUUUAUAGUUUGUGUUGUAACAGACUGUCAGUAUUUCGUUUUGUAUCAUUUUUUCUUUUACAUUUGAUUGUAGCACUUUUUGUUUUUGUAGGUGCUUUAAAAUAAAAUAAAAAGUACAUCACACAUUCAUUUUGUCAGGGAUACACUGAAAAGACAUCAGAGUCUUGAAAGAAUAAGAUAAGAGGAUUUAAAUGUUGCCACCCUUUUCUGAUACAAUGAAAUUAUACUUUAGUUCUAGUAGUCGAGGUACAUAUGAUCGGCUAAAUAAUGUUUAUGUUUUUGUGUGUAUACAUCAUGAAACCCCUGAUGGAUUUAAAUUUGAUUCGACGCAGUUUUUAACUAAUAAAUUAAGAAAGAGGUAGUUUUGGUUUGAAUGAAACGCUACAUUAUGUUCCUUACCCAGCCAGCAGGAAUAAAGCCCAGACAUGGAUUAUUUAUGAUUCAUCAACCUUUUGCAGGUGCAACAAGCUCAUUGGCUCAAAUCUACGACACACCUUCAGUGAUGUUAUCUCCAAAUUAGAGAUUUUCUCCUUUUUUUUGGCAGAUAGGAGUUUAAAGCAAAUUUGUGUGGCUCUGGUUUGAUUCAGCAGUACAUGUACAGAGGCUCGAGUCUUCAAAGCAGGAAGCAAAGACAUACACGACCUGAUCCAAAUCCAAGCAAACAUCUCUCUGAUUUUGUAGCUCAAACUGAGAUGACUCCCUGGAGCGUAUCUCCGUGUCUGUUUUCAAAAAUAAAAUACUAUUUUCCCUUUAGUUUUCCUCUCACCUCUGUGGAAAAUCCACCUACUCUUGUAGACACACAAGCAGAUGCCUAUGGCGUAGAGUGGGUGAACCUGUCAGGAUGAGUAAGGGGGAUAUGAUCGGGAAAGAUAAAUACCGUUAAAUUGUGACAUAGAUUUGAGGGUAUUAUUAGAUAAAAAGUUGACAUUUAUAAAUAAAAUACUUCAUCAUAAAACUACUUGAUUAAAGCAGCUGUAGUUAAAAUGGAGAAAACAAGUACAACGUACCGAAAACUGACUCCAUAUUAACUUUUUCUUCUUUUUUUUUACAUGAAUGUUUAUUUACUUACUUUUUCAUAUUUGACACCACACAAACACUGUAUUCAUGUGGCUGUACAUGACAGUGACAGACACUGAAGGUGUAAUUGAAGCAGGGUUUCCUUUGUGCUGCUGCUUGUGUUCCUCACAGCUCUCCUGAAACACACAAAGCAAUCGUCAGACCUUGAUGUGUUCGACGUUGUGGAGUGAUUUGAAUAUGAAUGAAAUGGUCAAAAAAUUGCAACAGGAUGUCGUCAUAUGUGCAUUAUCCGAACGGAGAACGCGCCUGGAUAUGUUAUGCAUGAGGUGACACUUAUUUCCUCAGGCUGUUGUCAUCUCUCGCUGUGUGAGUGUUUCAGUUCAGGUGACUCUGCGUGUACGCUGUCAGUGAUGUGAACCAAAGAACCAAAGAUUUCAUUUGAUUUGCCCUUACUCUUGGUUUCCCUUUAGGUUCUCAGCCGGUAGAUUUGAGAUGCACUUUCAAAUGUUAAUACCAUUUUUGCGACUCACAGGAUAACUCUGAAAUAGCAUGCAGUCAGUCAGCAGAUGAACAUGACAACUACAUUUCAGGUAGAAAACAGGAUUCAGUUCAACAAAGAUGCAUGUUUAUUUAAUCAAUAUUGCUGUGACAUACUCUCUCUUAUUCCAUUUUUGGAAAGCUACCAUCAGAUUUGAUGUGUAUUUAACAUAAAAUCUCAUUGCAUUUUGAACAGUUUCAUGCUUCACAUUUCAUAUUUCAGCGUCUCAUCUUUGAAUCUGUUUUGUCAAAGCUUCUCAACCUUUUGAUUGCUCUCAUUGCCUGAUGAUAAUAGAAAUGUUUGAUUCUGUUUUUCCUGCAUGUAAUCAAGUGUAAGUUUGGUUUCUUCUGCUUUGUCUGAUUUUGUUUUGAUGGAAAUUGACGGACGAGAAUCAUUGUACAUUUCCAGCCGAGGCCACUUGAAAGGAUCAGACCUGUGUUUUUAUUACUUAUUCCGUUUUCAGGUCUCUUUCGGUGCAGGAUUUAACCUCCUCUUCUCAUUUUUGUUUUUAAUUUGAAGCGUUUUCUCUGAAAGUAUGAGUGGCUGAGCUGUGUUAUGACCUAAUGACGAGGUUAAUGUGAUAAAACACAGACUGUCAGGUUUUAUACUUUAUAGCACCACGGUUGUAGUUUUGAUAGUUAUCUUCUCAGUGAACAGUACAAGAAGUGAAUGCCAAUAUGGAGCCAAAGAUCAAUCAGAGUAACUGCUAAAGCUUCACAUCAGUGUGGAUGCAAAUUAUGUGUUUUGCCAAACAGUAAUGAUCCCAGGCUCAAGAUCUGCAACAGUCCUGUGGCUCCAUGAUUGCAAAUACAUUUUCAGUGCUGCUGCUGUGAACGGACACUAUUUUUUAUGAAGGCUACAAAUACCCUAAGGAAGUGAGAACACACCGCAGAAACAAAUGAACACUAAGAGUAACCUUGCCAGGACAUAUUUGGAAUAACUUUUCAGCAACACUGGGUAACAGAAACAUGGAAAACGGCUUCCGUUGAACUGCCCUGUCUUUCCUGUUGUUGGAUGUGUCAAAUAAUGCCUCAAGGUGACGUUGGCUGCCAACCUCACAGUUCCUUGGACAUCUUCAUGUGAAAUGUAUUUAUAUACUGUAGUAACAUGUUAAUAUAUAGGCAUCUGUUUGCUUAACCUGUUGUAAAUAAGUAGUAACACUAUGCAUGUUUAUUUGGUGUAUGAAUAUGGAUGAUAGCAAUAAAAGAUAGUGUAUACCGUUGACA